AUGGAUGUAAGUACUGUACAGUAAAAAAACGGAUAAUUCUCAGAGGCAACUGCCCAGAGCUUUGCUAAUUGACUGGAGAAUCCUAUUCCACUAGCCUAGGGGAAUACACCAGGUUUCUGGAAAAUAUUCAUUGGUCACAGGGAUUAAAGAAGUUUAGAGCUGAGUAUUUGGUGUUCUCCUUCAGUGCAGGACUCUUCUUUUAACUGUAACACUUUAUUGAGCAUUUUUAAUAGUUUUACUCUAUUGUUUGUAAGUUUUUUUCCCCAUUGAAGAAACACAACACACAUUCAUAAAAUAAAAAAUUCUGUCGCCUAUGUGGCAAUGCAGAAAACAAGGGCUGUAGCUCAGUGGUUUUGCAGUGCAGAAAAACCUCAGUUAAAUCCCUGGACUCUCUAGGUAAUUGUACACCAGGCGCUGUGCAGACCACAGGCUCGCCUGAUUUACUUUAGGUGGCAUCCAACUAAGGCCUACUCACAGGAGACCCAUUAAUUUAAUCAUAGCCAUUAACUACAAUGAGUCUACUCUUGAGCUGGACUUAGUGUUAGAUGCAACCCAUUGGUGUCAUCCCCACCCACCAGAACUGCAUGCAAGAUUCCCAACCAGAGCCCAGAGCCAUCUGCAAAAGGCAUUCAUUAAAAUUAAUACAGUGUUCGUUUCAGACUAGGGAUUUGUUAGCAGCACUAGAACUGAACCAAGUUCACAGUCCAUUCACACAGAAAUCCACACCUGGUCAGUUUUCUUCAUUUCAGCCACCUAAUUUAGGUGUGGAAAGUUGGUAGUGUUAAAGGCAAUUGGGAGUCGGAAUCCGCUUGCCAAUGAUCUACUGCAAAUUACUCAGAAAGCUAUCUUCUGGCCACCUCUCUUGAAUUACAUGGACUGGUGUUCUGGCUCAAUAAGGCAGCACCCUAUGACCUCGGCCAGACAGAAGUACUGUUUCUGGGGGACGGGGGGCAGGCAGGUGUGGGGGACUUCCUGUUCCUGAAGUACCAGAUGCACAGACUAUGGGGUCAUUUUGGACUCACAGCUAUUCAUGGCAGUGCAGGUUAAUUCUGUGUCUACCAGCUCCAUCUGGUAGGCUGGCUGAGACCCCCUACCUGUGUCAGGUUUCACCGGAAUGGUACAUGCUCCAGUUAUCUCCCUCUUGGAUUACUACUAAUAAUAAAUAAAUAAAUAAAUUUUAUUUAUACCCCGCCCUCCCCAGCCAAGGCUGGGCUCAGGGCGGCUAACAACCAAUAAUAAAAACAAGUUGAUUGAAUACAACUUAAAAAACAAGAUUAAAAUACAACAUUAAAACGUUAAAAUGCAGCCUCAUCAUAGGAGGAGAAAGGAAAAAAAGAAAGAGGGGGAAGGAAUCAAACUGACUCCAAGCCAAAGGCCAGGCGGGACAACUCUUACAGGCUCUGUGGAAAAAAAUCAGAUCCUGCAGGGCCUUGGUCUCAAGAGACAGAGCGUUCCACCAGGCCGGGGCCAGUGUUGGCUCUGGUUGAGGCUAAUCUAACUCCCUUAGGGCCCGGGACUUCUAGGGUGUUGCUAUUUAUGGACCUUGAGGCACUCCGUGGGGCAUACCAGGAGAGGCGGUCCCGUAGGUAUGAGGGUCCUAGGCCGUGAAGGGCUUUAAAGGUCAAAACUAGCACCUUAAACCUGACCCUGUACUCCACCGGGAGCCAGUGCAGCUGGGAAAGCACUGGGUGAAUAUGCUCCCAUGGCAGAGACCCCGUGAGGAGCCUCGCUGAAGCAUUCUGCUCCCGCUGGAGUUUCUGGGAGAGCUUCAAGGGCAGCCCCGCUUAGAGCGAAUUACAGUAGUCAAGCCCGGAGGUGACCGUGGCAUGGAUCACUGUGGCCAGGUUGGGGCGGGAAAGGUAAGGGACCGACUGCUUGAUGCAGCGAAGGUGGAAAAAUGUCACCUUGGCUGUUGCUGUAACCUGCGCCUCCAUGGAAAAGGAGGCGUCAAGGAUUACACCCAAACUCUUAACGGAAGGCAAUGGCACUAAUUGGGCCCCCGCAAGAGAAGGGAGUUGAUCCCUCAUCCCCAUACCAUCCCGACCCACCCAUAGGACCUCUGUCUUCGAAGGAUUUAGUUUCAUUCAGCUCCCACAAAACCAUCCAGCCACAGCUUCCAAGCAUCUGGUCAGUGUGAUCGUCUGCAAUGCGCUUUACAUGGGGCUACCUUUGAAGGUGACUUGGAAAUGUGGCAGCUAGGCUAGUGACUGGGAGUGGCUGCCAGAACCAUAUAACACCUGUCCUAAAAGAUCUAUAUUGGCUCCCAGUACAUUUCCGAGCACAAUUCAAAGUAUUGGUGCUGACCUUUAAAGCCGCAAACAGCCUCAGGUCUGUAUAUCUGAAGGAGCAUCUCCACCCCCAUUGUUCAUCCCGAACACUGAGGUCCAGCUCCGAGGGCCUUCUGGUGGUUCCCUUGCUGCGAGAAGUGAGCUAACCAGGAACCAGGCAGAGGGCCUUCCCGGCAGUGGCACACGCCCUGUGGAACGCCCUCCUGUCAGAUGUCAAACAGAUAAACAACAACACAACUUUCGGAAGACAUCUGAAGGCAGCCUUGUAUCAGGAAGUUUUUAAUGUCUGAGGUCUCACUGUGUUUUUAUGUUUUGUUGGAAGCUGCCCAGGGUGACUGAGGAAACAAAAUUAUUAUUACCACUACUACAAGUAAUUGUUGUAGUAGUAUGUUCCUUAAUGCAAAAAUUAAAAUUAAAAAAUACAGUGGAUGUUUACCAGAAAAAAUGAUAAAUGCUGAACACAACUCAUUGGGCUUUCCAAUGCAGCUGUACUGUGAAUACAUAGAGGAAGAGGAAAAGGAGAGAAUUACUAGAUGGUGGCUAUGCCUUAGGUGGCUAUGCAGAGUCACUGGCCUUGUUUGCAUGCCAUGCCGAGCCAUGAUUUUGCUCCGUGUGAAUGUGCAGGCUCCUGGAGCAGAGUUUUGCUUCUUCCUGGCAGUUCUACUGCUGAGCUUAGCUAAACUAUGGCUUUGCUUGGCUGAGUUUGUUGUUCAAACCUUGUGGUUUAGUCAGACAAACCACAAGCCGUAACAUACAGGGCAAACCAUGGUUACAGCUCAGGGUUUGGGGAGACUUAAACCAUGAACCCAGAUUCAGAUGCCAUACUAAGCAAAGCCAUGGCUUUGUGCAGCGGCAGAAUGGCUGAGGAAGAGCAAAGCAGCUGCAAUCUCCUCUCCUGGUCCUAGCGACAGGCUUUGGUCUUUCAAAUUUCAGUGACACACUGCGCGAGGCCAAAAUUUGGCACACACAUCUGCCUCUCACCUUCCGUCAAUUCACUAUGUUAUAGUUGCCAAGUCCUGUAGCACCCUCUUGUGUUGGUGGCCAGUGAAGCAGAACUGGUUGCACUGCCCCAAAACCGCCUCUGCUGGACCCCACCUUUGUGCUAAGCCAUGGUUUGGCUUGGUGUGAUGUCCGAACCAGGCUACUGAGUCGUUUUGACAUCUUAAGAUAAAGUAACAUUUUGGUGACACCCAUUAGCUUCAUGUUCAAUACAGCUGCAUAGGAGUGCAGAAGUUCAGUCUCAAUUUGAAAAAAACUUUCACACAGGUUCGUACAAGGGAACUGUAGCAUAUGAAAGGGGAGAGGGACCCACAAGCCAGAAAAGGGUAUGCAAUAAAUAGAGCCGGUGUGGUGUAGCAAAGGGUCAGACAAGGUAGACCUGGGUUCAAGACACCUCUCGGCUGUGACCCUCUUUCUGUGAAUGAAGUUUUAUUCCUGCCCUGGCACUGGUCAGGGAGGAUCCGCCCUCACCUCCCCAACUCCAAGCAUCUGGAGCUGGGUCUAGGGAGGCAGCAGGUCAUUCCUUGAGCUGCCCUUCUGAGGCUCUUCUAGCAGAGGUAGGUUUAGGGGAUCACAUCUGGUUAACCCAUACUGGGUGUCGAGCCAAGAGGGUGCUGCAGAGGGCACCUCGGCAAUGGACGUUAGUAAGGAAACACUGUUUUGAACGCGCUUUAAAAAUCCAACACCAGAUGGCACCAGAGAGUAAAAACAAAUUUCUACACAAUUUUCCAUAGCGGUUUUUUUUCUUUUUUGUUAUAAUAAUUUAAUUUCUGAGUUAUUUAUAGCGUUGUAGUCCCUGUCCCCCCAUCCCCCGUGUGUAGUUCCACCCAAUGACUUAGAAUGGAAGGCAAGAGGUGGGCGGGGGCUACCAAAUUUUUGGCAUUGCACAGAGCACUGCUGAAAUUUGAAAGCGCGAAGUCCACCUCUUGAUUCUAAAAAGGAGGACUUCUAGGGUGACUCUCCAUAGCCACCCCCUCUCCAGGCCCAUCCUUGAGAGGAGAUACAGUACAUCCUGCCUCCUCCGCCUCCAAGGCUGAGACUGGAGCUCCUCACACUUGGUGGAAUAUUUGCCACGGUGAGUGUAGCAAUCAAAUUGGGGGCACCGUACACAACUUCAGUGUGUCUCUAAUUUCUAGCACUGUGAGAGAGGGAGAGAAAUUAUUCUCUUAUUUUUGACAGCAUGUAUGGCAGGUCUGAUGCACUUUACUGCUGAUAGAGCAAUAUGUGCCAUUUGAGUUUGUGCUUCUCGCUGGCAAUUUCUUUCACUUGUCCUGCCUAGGCCUCAGGCUGCUGCCUCAUUUUACUGCAAGGUAAUGCCUUGCUCAGCUACGGAGAUAUGGAUUCAGCCAGCAAUCUGUGCUGUAAAAGGACAAGGUGGGGAAGUGGGCUUUAAAUAGGACGGAGCCACCGCUGAGGAAUUGAGGUCAGCACACAAACAUGAGUCUGAAAAAGGAAGCAGGGAUUGGGGGGGGUGCGGAGUGAGCAGUGCAGUCCUUUUUUUUCUUUUUGCAAAUGGCAGUGUGUGCAUGCAAAGCUUUAUGGAAGGGGGAAAGACAAAAAGAGAAGUAAUAGAGCUCAAAAAGACAUUAGCCUGUUUUAUUGUUUUAAGGAAGUAUUCUAUACUUAUUUUACAAGAAGACUCCGGGCAGGUAUUGGUAUGAAAAUUUAAAAAAUCAACCACUAAUGUAAUUUUUUUUAAUACAUACAAGUUAUCUGCUUCUUUCUUUCCCUUCCACCUUCCUUUUAUGAAGUCACAACUCUCUCCAGAUGCAGAAUGGUGUGAACAAACGUAAUAUGUGAACUAGUGCCACACAAACACUCUUCCUAGCGUUUUCAUCAGUGCUCCAUCACUACUGCUAUUAGGGAUAUUGCCAGAAGCUAUCUGUGUAGAACCCACAUUCCAGAAUGGAAGAUGGUUGUGUUCUCUGUAAGAAUUGUUUCUUAUCUAAUGAAGUUACUCUGUUAGUACUGACAGCAUUCAAUGCCUACUUUUGAUUGAUAGAUAGAUGUUGCUAUGUGAAAACCUAUCUAUGAUUUUGUUCUGUAUUCAUGGAAAUAAGUCAUAAACUUUAUUUUAUUUUAAAGGGUGCACUUACAAACUGGAACUGGAACCAGUCUCAGAAGCGAUGAAUGAACAAAAAAGUGUUACUGCAUCAGUAAGAGUUUGGAUAUCCUGUAAUAAGGCUUGCCUAUUGCUACAGCCACUUGGAACGUCAAGUGUUUUUCAAGGUGUGGGUGUAAUUCUUACCUGCACCAGGUGAAAUCUACUUCCAACCUUUUUUGUUGUUGUUUAGUCGUUUAGUCGUGUCUGACUCUUCGUGACCCCAUGGACCAGAGCACGCCAGGCACUUCUGUCUUCCACUGCCUCCCGCAGUUUGGUCAAAGUCAUGCUGGUAGCUUCGAGAACACUAUCUAACCAUCUCGUCGUCUGUCGUCCCCUUCUCCUUGUGCCCUCCAUCUUUCCCAACAUCAGGGUCUUUUCCAGGGAGUCUUCUCUUCUCAUGAGGUGGCCAAAGUAUUGGAGUCUCGGCUUCAGGAUCUGUCCUUCCAGUGAGCACUGAUUUCCUUCAGAAUGGAUCGGUUUGAUCUUCUUGCAGUCCAUGGGACUCUCAAGAGUCUCCUCCAGCACCAUAAUUCAAAAGCAUCAAUUCUUCGGCGAUCAGCCUUCUUUAUGGUCCAGCUUUCACUUCCAUACAUCUCUACUGGGAAAACCAUAACUUUCAACCUUACACAGGACAUUACAACCCACCUUCUCUACAAUCCCCCAGCCAGGUAGUGCCAUCAGAGCAGGACUUUGUGGUAGAAAUCCAGAACCCAUUCGGCAGUAUGUAGAUAAGAGGGCCCCCACCUGCAGAGAGUGUGUUGGAUGAGGAGGGUCUUGGGGAAAUCAGUGUUCAAAUUUCCACAAAGCUAUGAAGUUCAUUGGGCGACCUUAACCUAUUCACUGCCGCUUAAACCAAACCUACCUCACAGAGCUGCUCUGAGGAUACAAUGGGUAUGCCACCUUGAGACUAGUGGGAGGAAAGGUGGGGUAUAAAAGCAGAAAUAGAUAAAUAAGUCUAUCUAGACCAGAAGUUAUGGGUGCAUUUCAACUGGUUUUUUGUUUUUUAAAAUUUUACUACUAAUUUUAACUGUCUUUUGGAAUAUUUUUAAUUACUUUGAUGGAUAUUUUUAAUAUUUUAUUUUUUUUGUCAGCCGCUUAAAGAGGUUGAAAUUAAUUCAUUGUGUAAUAUUGCUGUGGUACCACCAGAUGCUGCAGCAUCGAUAAAGCUGCUGGCGCAUUAGCGGGGGAGGACCCUAACGAGAUUCCUGCAUUGCUCGCGGGUUAGACUAGAUGACCCUCAGGGAGCCCAUUCCAGCUCUCAAGGUUCCGUUUCCUUAAACAAAACAAAUCAUUUUAGCCCAGGGUCCAGAAUCGCCCCUUGAAAAGUCGCAGCCACCAGUUUCUGCUCUGAAGCGGAGGUACGGCAGAGUGCAGAUUUUGCUUUAUAAAGAGCCUACAUCUCCCGACAAGCACCGGGAGGGGGAGGGCGGGCGGGCGGUGAGAGAGCGAGGGGCGCGUGACGUCAGGGCGUAGGCCCCCUCGGACUACAGCUCCCGGCACCCUCCGCUCCUUUCCCUCUUGUCCGUAUAAACUAUGCCUCGCUCGCUCCGACCCCGAAAGAGGGCGGCCGUUUCCUGUCAGCUGUUGUCACGUGACCCAAAGGGGGGAAACAAAAAGCGGGGGCUGGGAGGAGGAGGGCGCGGGACGCUGGCGACGGAGACGACGAGGCCGCUACAGCUCGGUGAGCCUCAGGGCAGCCCUUUCCCCCUUCCUUGGAAGGUGGGCGGUUGAGGCCUGCCUUGCCCGCGGGGGGGGGGGGGGGCGGCGGCGGGGGGCUGACGGGUUUGAGUGGGUGACGACUGCUCCACCUCAGGCUGCAGCUCGUGGAGGGCGGGGGGGGGGGGCGAAGGGAAUACAGGUUUAAAUCGCCUUGAAACGGCAACAGAAGCGCGCCCUCCCCCGCAAGCAGAAAGCGGCACAUCAGGGUGCGUGGGCAAGUACUAGCUUUCCUCAUGCGAGGGGAGGGGACUUGUGGCUCCACACACACAAACAUACUGUACUGUAUAUGUACAUGUGUUUGUAUUUGUAUAUGUAUAUGUAUAUGGAGAGAGGCCUCCCCAGCUGCCCCCCCCCCGUGGUCCCCAACCUUCUUCGUUCAGGUUUACUUGGCAUGGUGUAUUGUUGUGAGUUUUGGGGAACUCCAGAGUUCUUUUUUUUUGUGGCCGCCACCACUUUGGCACAGAUUUGCCUCCUCUGAAACCGUCCCUCGGUUGGGGCACCAAUGCAAAGGGAAUUUGUGGAGCCCGCAGCCCACUUGUGCAGGAUUCUGUGGGCCAUUUGCAGGUGACAACCCACAGGUUGGGAAACGCAGGUAUAGUAGUAGCCCCCCUGGGCUGCCUCGGGGCCCUACUCCAUCUUUAUGCUACUGGCCGUAAGUCAGGCUUGGGAAUGCGGUGGUGCCCGUUGAGACCUGCUGCUUCCUAGCCUGUGCUGUUGGUUGUCUUCAGGUUCCCCCAAUGCAUUUAUACAGCUGCCAGUUAAAGGUCUGCUCUUGUUCCAUUUAAGGAAUUUUCCCCUUCAUCCCACUCCAGUCCCACCUUCUUUUUCAAACACAAGUACCCAUCCCACACCUGCCUGCUUUCAUGCACACACAUACUCAGCAGGUUCCCCAUGUGUGUUCUGUGUGCUUUAACAUUUUAAUAUGUUCGCCUCUCCCUUUACACACAUUUUUCCAUAUGUCCUUGCAUACCGCAUGGAUGAAUAUUCUCUAUAUAUAGUAUUCCCCCACUAAAUGAGAGCUCCUUCUAAUUACCGUAUUUUUCGCUCCAUUGGACGCACCGGACCAUAGGACGCACCGGAUCAUAGGAGGGGGAGAACAGGGAAAUUUUUUUUUCUUGUUCUCCCCCUCUAAAACAAGGUGCGUUCAAGGUACAUUCACCAGAGCUUGUGGGGCUGGCGGUGGGGGGAAGCGCUGCUUUCCCCCACCGCCAGCCUCAAAGAUCCCUGAAGCCUUUGGAGCGCAGUGCCCCGCUGCCCUGCACAGGUUUGCGCGCAGCCGUCCCCAAGCUAGAGGAGCGAGACGGAGCCCUCCGUCUCGCUGUUCUGGCUUGGGAACAGCCUUGCUAGCUUCUGCAGGACAGCGGGGUGAAGGCACCCCGCUGCCCUGGAGAGGUUGAGCGCGCAGCUGUCCCCAAGCUAGAGCAGCGAGACGGAGCCCUCCGUCUCGCUGUUCUGGCUUGGGAACAGCCUUGCUAGCUUCUGCAGGACAGCGGGGUGAAGGCACCCCGCUGCCCUGCAGAGGUUUGCGCGCAGCCGUCCCCAAGCUAGAGCAGCAAGACGGAGCGCUCCGCAGUGCUCCAUCUUCCUGUUCUGGCUUUGGGCUUAGCGGCGCAGCCUGCAUUCGCUCUAUAGGACGCACACACAUUUUCCCUUAAUUUUUGGAGGGGGAAAUGUGCGUCCUAUAGAACGAAAAAUACGGUAUAUUGUUUUCACUUCUACAUCAGUAUAGUGGUUUGACUUACCACUUAAUUUUUUUUUGCAGUUCCUCUAAUUAUGAUUUUCUCCUAAGUUUCAUUUCUUCAUACCCCUAAGGUUUCUACAGUAGCUACACCCCUGUAGUUUUAUAUCUCUGUGAUGUCCCUUGUAUUAAAUAGUAGUUCCUUAGUUAUUUUCCGUUUCAGUCUCAACCUAUGAUGGGAUUAUCUUCUUUUCUUUCUCCCACUCUCACUGUUUCCUCUGCUAGGGGACGUUCACCUCCUGGGAACAUAGGAAGCUGCCUUUUAGCAGGUUAGACUACCUACCCAUCUGUGUGAUGCAGCAGCAAAAAAAGCUAAUCCUAUUCAUCACCAGAGGUAUAGUGUCCUGAUCAAGGGAAGUAAUACUUCCACACUAUUCUGCCUUGGUCAGACCCAACCUGGAGUACUUUGUCUAGUUCUGGGUGCUACAAUUUAUUUUUUAUUUUUUUGGCGGGUUUUACAAUUUAAGAAGGAUGUUGACAAGCUGGAACGUGUUCAGGGGAGGGCAACCAAGAUGGUCAAGGGUCUGGAAACCAAGCUUUUUGAGGAGCAGUUGAGGAACCUGGGUAUGUUUAGCCUGGAAAAUAGGAGACUGAGAGGAGAUACUAUAACCAUCUUCAAAUAUCUGAAGGGCUGUCACAUGGAGGAUAGAGCAAGCUUGUUUUCUCCUGCUCCAGAGUGUAGCACUCGAACCAGUGGCUUCAAGUUACAUGAAAGGAGAUUCUAACUAAAUAUUAGGAAGACUUUUCUGGUGGUAAGAGCUGUUUGGCUGUGGAAUGGAAGGUGGUGGAUUCGCCUUCCUUGGAGGUUUUAAGCAGAGGUUGGGUGGCCAUCUGUCCUGGAUACUUUGGUUUAGAUUCCUGACCAACUUCCAACUUUACAAUUCUAGGAUUCUCUGAUCUAUCCCAGUGUUGUCCACUCUGACUGGCAAUGACUCUUCAGGGUUUCUAGUCUUUCCCAUCACCUGUCACCAGACCCUUUAUCUGGAGAUGCCAAGGACUGAACAUGAACAAAGCAUGUGUUUUGCCACUCCUUCAUCUCUCCUAUUGUUUUCCUCCCACAAGCUUUUAGAAGGCCUCACUUUGGCCCUAUUUUAGAUGGAUUCAAAUAAGACUUUGUGCAGGAGCUUUGCCUUUUCUUUCUUAGCAUGCUAUGUGUAAGUUCUUCUCACAGUAUGGUGGCUUUCCUGCUUAGGUUCAGCCUCUUGUUGGGGAAAUAUUGUAAUGUUAUGCCAGGUGAUUUCUGAACGCAUUGUAUUCUGAAUUUUGAGCAUUGAGGAAUAUUGUAGCAUUCUACGUUUGGGGCGUCUUCUUUAUUGGGCUGCGUUGUCUACAUAAUUCUUUCCCUGACUCAUGUAUUGUUUCAUAUGUUCUUUUAUCCCUGAAUAAUAGGUGUUGAUUUCAUAGCCAUAAUCUAAUUCCCAGCUACCAAACUGAAGUCAUGAUCUUGCAAAUAUAUCUUGCAUUUAAGCUUUGCUCGCUGGUUUACAUGUUUGCUUCAGGUUGUGUCCAACUGUGAUCUUUAGGCUACUUGGCAUUCUCAUGAAAUGAAUGCUGAAAUGAGUCUCAUGUCAUUGGUGCAGAGAAAUGAAGUGUGAAGCCCCCCAAAUUUUGCUGUCCUGCAAUUGCAAUCAUCUCUGAUCAUUCACUGUGCUGGAUUGGGCUGAUGGAAGUUUAGGUCCAACAAAAGCUUGACGUCACCAUGUUGGCUACCCUUACAUCAGUUGGAGAAUAUAGUAAUAAUAAUAAUUUAUUAAUUGUAAUAAUAACUUAUUAUUUGUACCUCCACAUUUGACUGGGUUGCCCCAGCCACUCGGGGAGGCUUCCAGCAUACAGUAGUAUCUCGGUUAAGCACUUAAUUCGUUCCGGAGGUCCGUUCUUAACCUGAAACUGUUCUUAGCCUGAAGCAACACUUUAGCUAAUGGGGCCUCCUGCUGUCGCUGUGCCGCCAGAGCAUGAUUUCUGUUCUCAUCCCGAGGUAUUAUUUCUGGGUUAGUGGAGUCUGUAACCUGAAGUGUAUGUAACCCGAGGCACCACUGUAUAUAAAAACAUAAUAACACAUUAAACAUUAAAAAACUUCCCUAUACAGGGCUGCCUUCAGAUGUCUUCUAAAGGUUAUAUAGUUAUAUAGUUACUCAUUUCCUUUACAUCUGGUGAGAGAGCGUUCCACAGGGUGGGCACCAGUACCGAGUAGGGCCUCUGCCCAGUUCCAUAUGUUCUCAGUCAUAUAUUAUAGGAAUGGUACUUUAUAGGCAAGAAGGAGGCAAUCAAAGUUUAAAAAUUUAAAGUCUGCUUCUUUAGGCUCUUUAGUCCUUUGGUCUUGGCUGGUUCACAGGCCUGCAGAGGCUCUGUGACCCUCCUCCUCCCCUGUAGCAUCCAUUCAGGAACUCAGUAGGCACAGUUCUUCCUCCUCCAGUAAGGAACUGGGAGAACCUGCAGUAAUUACAUGCAGACCUCUGGUCCAGGAGUCAAAUGUGGCCCUUCAAGGCUGUUUGUUUGGCCCUUGGGGCUCUUUCCAGAGCAUUCCUACUCCCCAAGCCACACUCUUCACUGUCCCUGUUCUGUACACUCUUUAGAUGCUUUUGCCUGGCUGGAAUGGAGAGAGGUGUGCCUGUGUGUUCAUGUGUGUAGAAAACUUUGGCUUUUGUAGAGGCUGGAAUGUUGCCUGCUGUACAAAGGUAAGAGUUGCACCUAUUGCUCAAGCCUCAUUUGCCUUUGGCUCCUCUUCUACUGGCAGGUGGCACCUGGAAGGUUGUUGCCUAUAAGGAAAUGUGGCCCUUGAGCAGAAAAAGCUCCCCCACCCCCCGUUGUAUAGCAUUACUUGUGAUGGGGUGCUCCUUUGAAGCAGGAAGGUUAUAGUGGGCAAGCAGGUGAUCUAGCCCACUGUUGGAAAUAAGAAACUGACCGCAAUUAUGAUGACUUGUUGCAGGUGCUGCAUUAUAACAGCUUUGUUUAUUAGUGCCACAACUCUUAACGGCGUCGUGAUAGCAAGCCAAGAAAACUUCAGGUGUUGGUUGGUUUUGGGUUGGUUUUUUUUUAAGCUGCCCCAUAGUGUUACCUUCCACUGAGUUAUAGAGAUGGUUGCAGUUACUAUUGUUUUUUAUAUGGAAUCUGUAUUAGAAGUUACAGUACUUUCAUGCAUGUGUGAAUAUGUAGUUGUCUUGUAUACUCCUGCAUGCGUUUGUCUCCCUAUGAGACCAUUCAACUUUACUUGCCAUUUGGAUGCCAGAGUUUUGAAGUUUCUUGAUCUCUUUGAGAGCGUGUGCAUUUAUGUGAGGCAGAGACUCUCACACAGGAAGUUCCUUUUUAUUAAUAUUGCUGGAAUCUGCAAAAUAGGCAACACAAGAAAAAUCUCUUAAGUCCUUGUACUGAAAUAGUUUACACAACAUAGUUGUGUGAAUUUGGAUUCUAGCUUCAGUUUCUUUUGGCCUAUUUUUAGCUCUAGAAAGUUGUUUCUUCGUAAACGAACUGGAUACUCUGUAAUGUUUUGACUGGAUUAAAAUGUAGUAGUGUUCUAGGAGGAAAUUCAGAAAAUUAAUAGCAGUUAAGGGGAGUUGUUCUAAAGCAAUCUUUUGGGGUGUGCUAUUAUUUUACUCAUUUUAAAAUUUCAUUUUAUAUAUGUUUUCCUGAGGCAGCUUAGUACUGCCUUCCAAAAUUGUGAAAGGCCUUGCAAAUUGUUAUGAUUCAACUGUUGCUUGAAAUGGAACUAUUUUUGUAAAAUUGAUUUUAGGAUUUGGUUCUAAGGCUUGACAGGACAUUCCCUUUUCUCUCUGUGUGAAACUGUUUCAAGCAAUAGCUGAAUUAGAUGUAUGAGAAGUUUUUCUCAAUCACUUUUAAUUUUUCUGUUGGCUUAUUGAGAGAGGCUCCGGGCUGAUUCCCCCCUCAAACACCCCCCCCCAGUGUAUUUUCAAUAAAUAGCAUCCAGUUUGCAGGCAGACCCAAAUUACAGGAAAGCCUUGGGUUUGAGUCUACAGAGGUAAGGGUCUCUUCACUCUUGUCUAGGUGAAGGCCAUCUUAAAAAGAAGGCAGUAACGUCAUCUUUCUACCUUCUUCCCAUAACUCAGUUAUAAUAAAUGACUGCUCCCUGCCUGCUCUAUGCCAAUAUAGGCUCUAUUAUAGACAGACAAAUGUUGACUGUAGUAUUUGGGGUUUUUUUAGAUUGAAGAAAUGUAUUAACAUUGCACCUUGAAAGAAGCCUUUGCCUGUUUAUAAGGACUAAAAAUACUUUUUAAAAGCAAGUACUUAUUCAUUACUGGUGGAAGUUACUGAUGUCAAUGAUUCUUAACAGAUGGUUGGAAGCAAAUGUUGGAUUGCAGAAAAUGUCUGCUGUGCCCCCAAACUGUUGGUAGUGGGUGUUGAGAACUACAGUGUAGCCUUUUAGUUCAGAGAGUUUCUGGCCUGAAACUGGGCUACUGGACAACCCCACAUUUGUUUUUAAGGCAUUUAGGUUUGAAAGAAAGAAUAAGCCUUUGAGCUAGGUUGUUCCGGGGCAGCCAUAUUUUCUCAGCCAGCCUAACAUUACCAGCAGGUCUGAGCAGGUCUUCCAGAACAUUGAGGCUCUGUAGCCACUCUGAAAUAUGCUGAUGAUACCCUUCAUCCCCCUGAAACAGGCUAGUUGUAGGAGAGCAAAAAUUUGGAGAGUGAGAAAGUUGCUGCUUUUGCAUUUGCCUUUGCACUCUCCUCCACUGCCCCUUUUUUUUACUAUCAAGUUUCAUUUCAACUUCACUAUAUAGGGAACAUCCAAGGGGCAUGAAUGGAGAUAAAAUAAGCUAGCAAAAACUGGAGAAUUAUUAAAAUACGUGGCUACAAUGCUUCUGAAUUGUCCAAAACAUGACAUAUCUACAGCUGAACAAGCUGCUCUCAAGAGCACUGGUUCCUAAAGGACGGCCACACAUGACGGAAGCUAAAAGAAGAAGCAUCUGUCUACCUGCCUCAGGCUCCUUGGCAUCUCUAGCUCAUGCACUGAUAUAAUUUUCUCCGCAAGAGGUUUGGUAGGAAUCAUGCGGAGGCUUGUGGGGUUGGAACUAUUCCCGGCUGAGUAAAUAUACAGAUUGAUAUAAUACCUCGGGUCAUUUAGCUCCUGGGUCACAGUCCCAAAGUAAAUGUUUUUUCAGAGGCAUUACUGCAUCGUCAUCCUAAAAAGAUGGGCACAAAUUCAAGGGGGGGGGGGACGACUUGUCAUUGCCAAACAAACAAAGAGGUUCCAGUGUACACAUUGGUAGCAGUACAAAUUUCAUUUGCCUGCAGGGGUGUUUUGUAUUCCAGAAAACUUUGGAUUUUGUUCAGGAUCCACAUCUCGUUCCAGAAUUCCAAAGUGAUGCAGGGCUUUAUCCCUUAACGUUGUUUUCUUUAUGACUCUUAUCUUCUGCCUGCUGUCUCCUGCACGGGGUUUUGGUCACUGGUCAUAUCCACACCACACAUCUGAAGCACAUGGCUUCACCCUACAAUUCCUGGAAACUUCAGUUUGGUAAGGGUGCUGUGAAUUGUAGCUCUGUGAGGAGUAAAGUACAAAUUCCAGAAUUCUUUAGGGUAAGUCAUAACUGUUAAAGUGGUAUAAAUGGGCUUGAAAUGCAUGCUGUAGAUAUGGCCAACCCUCUCUUUGGUCCUAUUUGGAAUCCUUGUCUUUUUGCCCAGUGGCCUGUUUGAGGUAUUCACUGUGUGUCCUGGGGACUCCUGGGAGCUUUCAUGGGGCUGAUUUCAGAGACAUGUUGCUUUCUGCUCCCUCUUUCUCAUGCAAUGAUCAGCUUCAGGGAAGCAUUGGACCUCUUCUAAGCUGCAUAUGAAGUCCAUGCAUGGCAGUGUUGAGCCAAGUGGACCUGGGCUCUGGGGUAUCUGCCAUGAGAAUUGGCUGUGCACCCUUGGUUAGAAAAUGUGCUCCAAUAUUCUGCAAUGCACAGGGGUUCCAGAGCAGAUGCAUGUUUGUGUUGUGUGAUAUGCAAGUCAGUGUGGAAAUGUUUGCCUGAAGGUAGCAAGCUACAAAUCUGCAUGAGUAAGAAAUUAACAGAGGUCUUGAGCUUCGUUGCUGCAGCUGGAUCUUCCCAUGAGUAUCACAUUUUAUUAAAUGGCAUCUAAGAAAUGUUGGCAGCUAGAUUUUGAGGUAUAUUACUAGCCUUGGGUUUCAGGAAAAAACAUUCUGAGUAGUAGUAAAUAGCUAUCUUUUCAUGAAUAGUUUAUAAAGUACAUUAUUUGAAAUGCAAGCAGUUUCUGCUGAAGGAUAUAUAUUCUGGGGAUUCCUGAAGUCCCAAGUAGUGAUGAUCUAAAGACAGGGAUGCACAGCUCCAGGAAACCGGGUUAAAACAAUAGAAACAAACUCUGUCAUGGCAAUGACUGCUGCUUAAUAAUUGGAUAGUUUCUGCUAUUUUAAGACUCUGGAUAGAGUACCGUUUCAGGUUCUGCUGCAGUCUUUCUUUGGCAGCUUUCCAGAAACAGCUCAUAUAAUCGGUUCUAUGGGAAGAAAAAGUGGGUGUUUUUACAAUGCAACAUCUAUAUUGAAUUUCCCCUUUUAAGAUGGCAAAACUCCCAGGGUGCUAUUUGGAAAUAUUAUUCUGCUGGGCAGGUACUGUGUUUAAGCAGAAAUACUACCCACUGAAGCAUUGUAGUCUUAGCUUCAGAAGUUUAAUUUUAGAUAUGUAUUAUCAGUUGCAGCCCACAUCUUUAGACCAAAAAGGGCUGUCAGAAUGCCUAACAUAAGAUAGAACAGUGCCAGAUAUGAAAACAAUUAAGCAAGCAGUUACAAUAAUAACAAUAAAUUGACCGCAGAUUACCAAGUUGCAAGUGGUACAAAAUAAAACAAUAAGAGAGAGUAAUGUUCAGUAACUUGACAUGCAGCCUCAAAAGACCUGCUCCCCCACCCUUUCUUCAAAUAAAGCUUGCUUCCAUCCGAGGUAGGUGGGUGUAGGAUUGCAUUCAGAAUCUUUGAGAGCAAAGUGUCGCCUAGUGGCUAAGAAACUUGAGCUAUGAGCUAAGUAGCUCUUGUUCAAAUAUUGUCUGCCCCAUGCGCUCACAUCUUAAGCCAGUGUUCUGCAGCAUGGUGCCUUUCAGGUAUGUAGGAGUCCAAAUCCCAGUGGUCAGAGAUAAUGGGGAUUGUAGUCCAAAACAUCUGGAAGGCUCCAGGUUAAGGAAGACCGCCUUAAGCAAACCACUGUCUUUCAGCCUUGGUACCCCAUCUGCAGGAUAAAAGUGCUAUCUUACUGUGGUGAUACCUUAACAGGGAUAGUUGGGUUUCCUGUGAUGUCACAUCGCAAGUGUUAAAUAAUUGUUUUAAUGUGACAGUGGUUUGUAAGUUAACUACUGUUAGUGUUGUUAUAUCUCUGGAGCUUUUUCGAUAACCACUAGUGGUGGUGGGGGAUGAGUGUUCAAACCCCUGUGAACUCACUUGUGGGGUGCCUCAGGCUUCUGUCUUCUCCCCCAUGCUUUUUAACAUCUACAUGCAGCCUCUGGGAGAGAUCAUCAGGGAGUUUGGGCUGGGUGCCCAUCAAUACCCAGCUCUACCUCUUUUAAAUUGGAACCAGUGAAGGCAGUGAAGGUCCUGUUUGAGUGCCUGGAUGUGGUUGGAGGAUGGAUGGCGGCUAAUGGAUUGAGGUUGAAUCCUGACAAGAUAAAAGUACUGUUCUUGGGGGACAGGGAGUGGGUUGGUGUAGAGGACUCCCUAGUCCUGAAUGGGGUAACUGUGCCCCUGAAGGACCAGGUGCGCAGCCUGGGAGUCAUUUUGGACUUGCAGCUGUCCAUGGAGGUGCAGUUCAAUUCAGUAUCCAGGGCAGCUGUCUACCAGCUCCUUCUGGUAUGCAGGCUGAGACCCUACCUGCCCGUGGACUGUCUUGCCAGAGUGGUGCAUGCUCUAGUUGCCGUAUUUUUCGCACCAUAGGACGCACCGGACAAUAGGACGCACUUUGUUUUAGAGGGGGGAGAACAAGAAAAAAAAAAUUCUCCCCCUCUCUGCCCAGCGCCCCUUCAGCGAAGCGUCAGGAAGCGCUGCGCAGAGAGGGGGAGAACUUUCCCCCUCUUGUUUUCCCGCUCUAAAACAAGGUGCCGUUUAAGGUGCGUUCAGGCGGCUACCUUGGAAGCCUGGAAAGCAAGAGGGGUCGGUGUGCACUGACCACUCUCGCUCUCCAGGCUUCAGGUUCCUUUCGACCUGCUCUUUGGGGCUGGCGGGGGGAAGCCCAUUACCAGCCCCAAAGAACAGGUCAGGAAGCAGCGGAAAGACGCAGUGGAGAGGCUCCUGCCAUAGCCGCGCGUCACCUCUCCAGCCGGGAGAGGGUCGCGGGGCUAUGGCGUCUUCGCUCCAUAGGACGCACACACAUUUCCCCUUCAUUUUUGAAGGGGAAAAGGUGCGUCCUAUACAGCGAAAAAUACGGUAUCUCCCGCUUGGAAUACUGUAACGUGCUCUACGUGGGGCUACCUUUGAAGGUGACCCGGAAACUACAACUAAUCCAGAAUGUGGCAGCUAGACUGGUGAUUGGGAGCGGCAGCCGAGACCAUGUAACACCGGUCCUGAAAGACCUACAUUGGCUCCCAGUACAUUUCUGAGCACAAUUCAAAGUGUUGGUGCUGACCUUUAAAGCCCUAACGGCCUCAGCCCAGUAUACCUGAAGGAGCGUCUCCACCCCCAUCAUUCAGCCUGGACACUGAGGUCCAGCGCCGAGGGCCUUCUGGCGGUUCCCUUGCUGUGAGAAGUGUCGUUACAGGGAACCAGGCAGAGGGCCUUCUCAGCAGUGGCGCCUGCCCUGUGGAACGCCCUCCCAUCACAUGUCAAAGAGGUAAACAACUACCUGACAUUUAGAAGACAUCUGAAGGCAGCCCGGUUUAGGGAAGAUUUUAAUAUUUGACAUUUUAAUGUAUUUUUAAUCUUUGUUGGAAGCCGCCCAGAGUGGCUGGGGAAACCCAACCAGACGUUGUUGUUGUUUAGUCGUGUCCGACUCUUCGUGACCCCAUGGACCAGAGCACGCCAGGCACUUCUGUCCUCCACUGCCUCCCGCAGUUUAGUCAGGCUCAUGCUGGUAGCUUCGAGAACACUGUCCAACCAUCUCGUCCUCUGUCGUCCUCUUCUCCUUGUGCCCUCAAUCUUUCCCAACAUCAGGGUCUUUCGCAGGGAGUCUUCUCUUCUCAUGAGGUGGCCAAAGUAUUGGAGUCUCGGCUUCAGGAUAUGUCCUUCCAGUGAGCACUCAGGGCUGAUUUCCUUAAGAAUGGAUAGGUUUGAUCUUCUUGCAGUCCAUGGGACUCUCAAGAGUCUCCUCCAGCACCAGAAUUCAAAAGCAUCAAUUCUUCGGCAAUCAGCCUUCUUUAUGGUCCAGCUCUCACUUCCAUACAUCACUACUGGGAAAACCAUAGCUUUAAGUAUAUGGACCUUUGUUGGCAAGGUGAUGUCUCUGCUUUUUAAGAUGCUGUCUAGGUUUGUCAUUGCUUUUCUCCCAAGAAGCAGGCGUCUUUGAAUUUUGUGACUGCUGUCACCAUCUGCAGUGAUCAUGGAGCCCAAGAAAGUAAAAUCUCUCACUACCUCUGUUUCUUCCCCUUCUAUUUGCCAGGAGGUGAUGGGACCAGUGGCCAUGAUCUUCGUUUUUUUGAUGUUAAGCUUCAAACCAUAUUUUGCACUCUCCUCUUUCACCCUCAUUAAAAGGUUCUUUAAUUCCUCCUCACUUUCUGCCAUCACUGUUCUGCCAUCAACCAGAUGAGCGGGGGUACAAAUAAUAAAUUAUUAUUAUUAUUAUUAUUAUUAACCAGAUCAGGUUGCUUCUUGAGGAAUCGGAGAGUUCCCAAAAUUUGCUGUCUUAGCAACCGUAUAUUCAGUGCUUCCCAACAUCACCACCCCGAAAAAUAGGUGCUGCAACUCACAUUGAAGUUGUUACAGUAAGCCGCCAGGCGACUCAGGGCAGACUUGAGCAGAUGCGUUCACCACAUGCAGAGGGGAUAAAAACUACGGCAAGCUGUCUUCCUGGCUGGUUUGAGUCCCUGAUUCUGGUGCAGGUCAAAUAAAUACACUCCCACCUCCCUUGUUCUCUUAGAUUCAGGUGGAUGGUGAGGGCAGCUCAGAAGAGCCCUUGUGUAAAUGUGCGGUCAUGCAAUGGUAAGCACCUGGCUGGAAAGCUUAAAGCCCGCUGCUGCUACACAGGAAUUGGAUUGAAGGAAAUAAGAAUUGGCCCUGCCCUGUAGCUUGACCAAUUGUGGCUAGGAGCUAGGUGGAGUUAGAUCUUAAAAAAGUGUAGACUUGCACAUGCUGGCCAGCUUCCGUUUUGACUUGAAAUGUUCAUUUUGGGCUUCUCAGGUGUACGUAAAGGCGAGAAGUGGGCAGGGGGAGUGCUGGCCUGCAAUGGUACCUACCUGAGAGGUGCCGGAACCGCUCCCCGGCUGUAAAAAACAACAACACUUCAUCAGAUCAUUGGCAGAUAGGUACAUUAUGAUCCUGGAACAGCGAAAAAAGCGCACUGCCAGUAGUGGAGGCUGUUGCAUCAGGAGGAGGAGAACUUCAGCCUCUCCCACCUCAAUCCAAAAUCCACCAAUGCACUUGCUAUUAAUCAAAACUAGCGCAGCAAUUUAAAGGAGUCCCAUCAAGGAGGUGGAAGCACCCAUCUUGUAAGUGCUUCACUUCAGGAAUCAAAACUGGAAAUUUACUGCUGUUUUCAUUGUCUUCUGUGGAUGUGUUCAAUCUUGCUAAAAUGGAUUGGUGAAAGCGGCUAACUCUUUUUUUAAAAAAAACUGAUUUCCACCAACACUCAACCCCAAAUGGAAACUUCUGCUUUUUAAGUAUUCUGUUGGCUUGGCUGGCUACCAUUGUUGGAACCACUUUUAAUGUUCUAAUUCACUUUCCAAAAAACUUUGAGUGUACGAGCAUGUGAGAUCUUUGGAAGCCAUCCAGUAUUGUGAUUAUAAUGAGUAAAAGUGGAGGCAUUUAUUGAAAUGAUCUUUUCCCCCCACCCUUGAAAGUGUUGCAUUGGAAUAUAAUAAUGUAUGCAAUCCAGGUAAAUUUUACAUAGUGUAUGCUUGCUUUCUUAACAGAUCCCCUCCCCCCCCAGCAUGGCGUCCUCAUCAACCCCUAGAUGUAACUCAAAUUCCUUCGAGGGCUCCUCGGUUAAAAAGGCAAGUGUAUUUUCUGGUUUAAAUUAUCUUUCUCUUUUUGUUUUUUUGUUUUUUAUAUAUAUCAAUAAUAUUUCUGGACAUCUAUCUCUGAAGCCCUUAGCUGUCAUUAGUUUUGUGCUUGAGGAUCUGGAUUGUUCCUAACAUCUUUAGGUUUGUAACGUCUGUUUCUCUUAAAACUUCAAACUUAAUACCUGAAAGGAAAGGUAGGGAACACCAAGCGUGUACUAGAGCUCUGUAAUUUCUCAGCUUCCUCUUCUGAUACGAAGUUUGCAGGUGCAGGGCCAUGACAAAACUGCAUGAUCUAAUCAGUUCUUCUUUUGAUAUUAUUUUCCCCUUAGCCUGUGAAAGAUGGAACUAACUGGGAACGCAAUGAAGAAAUACCUCGUCUACCAGGGGAAACCAGAGGGACAGGUAAAAACACAGACCAACAGUUGUGCAUAAUCAAUUUCCCAAGAGCCAGUUCAAAUGUGCAGGAAGAUCCAUGAACAGGGCAAGUGGAGGAUAAUAUAUUUUAGCGUCCCCCACUAAAAUAAACUCCACUGUGUCAAGAGCUAGCACUUUCGGAAGAAUCUAGGCUGUCCUUUAUUUUAUUAUCUGAGUAUUAUUAUUUUUUUAAAAGAGCAUCUAGCUUGCAGGGUGGAAACGUGAGUGAUAGUGAGGUAUUUUCAGCUGAAAAACAAAAAUGAGCAUGAUGCUGUGAUUAGACUACUACUAGGGACAGACUGUCUCCAGCACAUAACUCCAGUGCUUAAGAGCUUGUACUGCCUGUCCCUACACUACUGGACCAGGUUAAAGGUUCUUGUAUUAAUUUGCAAAACCCUUAACAACUUGGGUCCACAAUACCUGAUCCCUUAUAUCCCUGCUUGAUCACUGAUGCCUUUGAGGGAUCAUUUAGCUCAUUGUUGCCUGCGCUGACUGGCAGUAGCUCUCUAGGGUUUCAGAUGGGAUCUCAUUCAACCCUACAUAGAGAUGCCUGGAGGGAUUGAACUGGGGACCUUUUUCAUGCAAAGCAGAUGCUCUGCCUCUGAGCUAAGAACCAUUCCCCUGUGUCCGCUGCUCUUCUCCCUACAUCCCCAAAUCUUCUGGUCCUUCUUUCUCUCUCAAGUUGUCAACAGUGGCUCCUGGUUCUGUAUAAUGCAAAAUAAUAAUAAACAUAAAUCUGUAUUGAGUUCAAGUUACUAACUGUAACUUGACCAAUUGGACAUGUGCUGGUAGCUGUCCAUUCAACCACAGCCAGGUAUUAAAAAGACCUAGCAGAAGCCAAUAUUCAAUUCCGGCGUCGUAAAGCAAUGCCCAUCUAUGCCUGAUAGACAAUACUUUCAGAAAUAAUCCUAUCAUAAUUGGACUGUGGUGGCUGUUUUCUCUUGUGCAAGUUAUCACUUUGUGCAGCUGCUAAUGUCCAUUUAACAGUCAGGAUGGGUUCCAAGUUACACUAGGGGCACUUUCAGCCAUUUGGAUUGUCCUGUGGACAGUGUUAGAAACUGAGAUAUGAAAGCUAGGAACUAAAUGGCACCUUAAACCUAGGUAAUGGGCGCAACAAUGGAAUGUCUAGGCGCACUUUUUUAGAACCAGAAUACAAAGCUGAAAAUGAAUGAACUGCAGCUGAAAUAUUAUGUUCAUUUUUCACAUGGUCUACUCCUUCCCCUGCCCACCUCUGUAAUAUUCUUAAGAGGCUCUCUUCUCCAGUCUUCAGAGAGUAGCUGAAAGUGGGGAGGCAAAAAAAGGUCCUUUCCUUUCAGCAGUGGCAGUUUUAAUCUGAAAUCUUAGGCGCAGUAUUGCGCUGAGAGCUCAGAAACUGCUUGCGCUAAUGAAAUUCCCUUUUGCAAAAUGCGCCUAGAACAGGGAGUUUUGAACACUGCCUGUGGAACUUCACAGAUCCUGCUUUUGAAAAUCCUGUGAGCUUCAAAACUCAUGUAUUACAGUAUUUAGGGUAGAGUAAGGCUGCUCAUGUGCCAAAAGCUGCUAAAGAGUACUAUGGAGAUAUGGAUUGCUUGUGGGAAGGGUAUGGAGAGAUUUUUAAAAAUUCUUCAGCAGUAUGAAAGCGCUGUACUUGCCUGUUCCUUUUUUGUAUUACCUCUUUUUUGAAAAUAAUAUAGAUAGGAAUAUUACAGCAAGGGGCAUAACACGGCAGUAGAGCAUUUAUUAUUUGUUAAAUUUAUUUUCAUCUGUAGAUCUUAUGGUGAUUUACAGCAUAAAAAUACAAGAUCAAAACAUGAAAUACAUAAUAGAAAGAGGAACAGAACAAAAGACUGACACCUCCUCCCCCAGCAGACAAACACAUUUUAAAGUAUGCAGGAUGUUAGUCAGCCCAAAGCCUGGUUGAAAAGGAACAUUUUUGUUUGGCACCUAAAGGUGUAUAAUGAAGGCACCAGGUAAGCCUCUCCAGGGAGGGCAUUCCUCAAACAAGGAGCCACUGCAGAAAAGGCCUAUUCUCUUGUUGCCACCACUGGACCUCCCGUGGAGGAGGCACAGGAAGAAAGGCAUCAGAUUAUGAUCACAGGAUCUGGGUAGGUUCAUAGGAAAAGAGGGUUUGCACGUGCUUUGUAUGCAGAAGGUCCCAGGUUCAGUGCUAGCAAAAGUCUCUCUCUGGAACCCUGGAGAGUGGACCAAUAAGUGGACAUGGCAACUUUCUGCAUUCCCAAACACAAAGCCUUAUUGGGCACCUGGAGCUAUUUAGGUGGUUAUUUCCUUCUUGUCUGGUGUUUUGGAAAGUGUCAAAGCUCAGUGGCUUCUGCUUUGAAUGCAGAAGGUCUUGGGUUCAAUCUUUGGUAUCUCUAGGCAGGGCUGACAGAGACUCCAGCCUGUAGUUGAUACUAAGCUGGUCUGAUUAAGUUCAAGGCAGUUUCCUGUGUUCCUAUUUUCAAUUUCCUGCUUUAAAGAGGUAUGGCAUAUUGGUAUAAGCAAGCUCUGCCACUUAUCUGAAUUGAAAGCAAAUCCUUGCUGUUUCGUCCCAAAGAAAUAAAUAUGAUUUUUGACUGUGUUGCAAUAUUUUAAAUGUAUAACUACUGUUGCUUCCACAGACAAGGAAGUCAUUUACAUGUGCCCAUUUAAUGGACCUGUUAAAGGAAGACUAUACAUAACAAACUACAGGCUGUACUUGAGAAGUGUGGAAUCGGUAAAUACUCUAUAGCAGCAUAUCGUGGGAUGGAAGGGAUUGGUUAAAGUGGCUUAUCUGCUGGUUUAAAUUUGAUUAUAGUUGCAGUUUGCCAUGUUGAAUUUGCCUGAUUUACAAUUAUGAAUUUGCCCAGCUUGUAUUGCUCAGAUGCAAUGUGAAGCAAACACCACUUUCCCCUCACUACACCAGUGUGGUGUAGUGGUUAAGAGCGGUAGUCUCAUAAUCUGGUGAACCGGGUUCGCUUCUCCGCUCCUCCACAUGCAGCUGCUGGGUGACCUUGGGCCAGUCACACUUCUUUGAAGUCUCUCAGCCCCACUCACCUCACAGAGUGUUUGUUGUGGGGGAGGAAGGGAAAGGAGAAUGUUAGCCGCUUUGAGACUCCUUAAAGGGAGUGAAAGGCGGGAUAGCAAAUCCAAACUCCUCUUCUUCUUCUACAGCUCAGAAAGCAAAAGGGGAUUCUGCAGAGGGUGCUUUUUGACUUAAACCUAUUUUUAGUUCAUGCCUUAGACACUAGCUAGUAAGGUAAAGGAUCCUUGGACAGUUAAGUCUAGUCAAAAGUGACUAUGGGGUGCGGGACUCAUCUCACUUUCAGGCCGAGGGAGCCAGCGUUUGUCCACAGACAGCUUUCUGGGUCAUGUAGCCUGCAUGACUAAACAACUUCUGGCGCAACGGAACACCGUGACGGAAACCAGAGCUCACAGAAACACCAUUUACCUUAUCACCGGUACCUGUUUAUCUACUUGCACUGGUGUGCUUUCGAACUGCUAGGUUGGCAGGAGAUGGGACAGAGCAAUGGGAGCUCAUCCCGUCAUGCGGUCUCAAACUGCCAACCUUCUGAUCUGCAAGCUCAAGAGGCUCAGUUGUUUAGACCACAGUGCCACCCGCUAGAACUUACAUAGAGCUAAGCAGCUGACUCUGAAAAACAUUUUAAAUCCCCAAGAUGGGUGUACCAACCUGGUGAUGCUCCAGAGUCUUUGGGUAGAGGAGCUGUGUGGCUUGAGCCUCCCUGACCCAAGCAGGCUCUUUUAUCUGUGGCCUCUGUUUUUAUGACCUCUUCAGCUGACAGUGAGACAAAAAGACUUGCUCCAAGAUCUUGGGUGUUCAAUGCAAAAUAACCUGUCGCAGGUAUUUGCCAAAAACUUCCAAGCUCUCUGAGAUCAGUGGCUGGGACUUAGAACAAAUAAAAUGGAAAUAGACAGAUUUAUCAGGUGCAGCUGAUAAUUGUAGUUAAUUUAGAACUGUGUGUGUGUGUGUGUGAGAGAGAGAGAGAGAGAGAGAGAGAGAGAGAGAGAGAGAGAGAAAGAGAGAGAAUUUGCCUCACUUCACAGUUCUGUCAAAACACCUGCAAUUGAAACUAGGUCGCCAAACUCAAUUGAGAUGAGAUUAACAAUAGAUGCUUGCAGUAGUUUGUUCAGUUAUCUUUGAGAUACACUUUUGUAUUUCAUUCACCCAGGAGUCUUUUUUUUCAUUGUAUUGUAACUGAAGAGUGUGACAGAGAGAGGAUGUGGUGGUGGCAGCGACGGCUUGGAGGUGACUUCCUGGCAGCAUUGCUGAGUUGGUUAUAUAGGAAAAACUUAAAUCUGCCCCCCCCCGCCUCUCAUACAUACUACAUUUGCAUUGAGUGGUGGCAUCAUGGUCUAAACCACUGAGUCUCUUGGGCUUGCCGAUCAGAAGGUUGCUGAUUUGAGUCCAAGCGACGAGGUGAGAUCCUGUUGCUCUGUCCCAGCUCCUGCCAACCUAGCAGUUCAAAAGCACGUCAGUGCAAGUAGAUAAAUAGGUACCGCUGCGGCGGGAAGGUAAAUGGCAUUUCCGUGCACUCUGGCACUCAUCGCGGUGUCCUGUUGUGCCAGAAGCGGUUUAGUCAUGCUGGCCACAUGACCCGCAAAGUUGUCUGCGGACAAACACCGGCUUCCUUAGCCUGAAGUGAGGGAGUUUGACUGGACUUAUCCAUAGUCAAGUUUGACUGGAUUUAACCAUCCAGGGGUCCUUUACCUUUUACAAGCGCUACUAGUCUGACUGGCAAAUUACCGUAUUUUUCUGUGUAUAACACGACCCCAUGUAUAAGACAACCCAGUGGUUGUGCUUCUUUUGUUAGUUUGCUGAGCUAUUGAGCAGCUUUUUGACGAUCCCCUGCUCUGGCUGACGAAACUGGUGCCGUAAUACCCUGCAUACUGGCACUUCCUAAGCUGGGAAGAGCGAGUAUGCAGCCUCCUCUCUGACAUUUCCCUGCUGCCGCUGCAGCACCAGCCCUUGUUUACUUAGCAUAUGUAUAAGACGUCUGUCAGGGCUGCCUCAGGUCUCAGCUCACAAAAGACCAACGCCAAUUUCUUCUUAUAUACAAAAGUGUUUAUUGGAGUUCAUUGUUUGCUUCACAUCCGAGGCGCGCAGCCCCACGUCUGUUACGCUUAGACCGUUGAAGUCCCCUCUGAGUCAGUCCCUCCCCUGCACCAGUUUAAGAGGCUUGCGCUGCUCCACCUCUGAUUCUGUGUGACAGUGAAAUAUUUGAAAGAUAGACAUAUGUUUUGCUUAAAAAAUUAAUGUAGCAUGUUAAAAAUAAUCUGCUUUAUCAUUUAUCUAACUAGGAUCCAGUGGUAAUAGUGGAUGUCCCUUUGGGUGUCAUUUCAAGGAUUGAGAAAAUGGGAGGCGCUUCCAGCAGAGGAGAGAAUUCCUAUGGGCUAGAUAUUACUUGCAAGGUAAGAUUCAGAACAAUCCUUUGCCAUUUGAAAUAGUAGUCAUUUUUGUUCUUUUAGGCAAUAGCACAUCUUAUUUUGUUGAUUCCUAAAUUUUGAAUACAAUAAUAUGUUAUUGCAGUAGUUUUGAUUUAAAAUGUGUGAUCUGCCAGGGCUCUGAAGGCAGGUGUCAAGGCUUGUGUAAUAAAAGCAUUACUCUCCUGCUCUCCAGCUAACUAGACUCCCAUAGUGGCUUACAGAAGAUCAGUAAAAGUGGACAGUCCCUGCUGUCAUAAGCCUGUAGUCUAUAAGGAAAAAACAAUGCGAAAGGAAGGUGAAGGCAAGCAAACUCAAGCCUGAUUCCUUCUUGCAUCAUAGUUUCUAUAAUGAUCCAUUAGAAUGUAAGUAGUUCGGGAAGGAGAGGGGCCAAAUAAAGUUGGCCUCCCAGCAGUAAAUGGUGGAGUGGGGCCUGUUAUCCCAUCUCUCCUUGUAUUGUAUGUUAAAGUGGAGUGUUGAAUACAAUGUGCAACGUAUAGUUGUAUAUUACAUAGGCUAAGUAUUAUACAGCAGUAUAAGAAAAACACAAGUGCAUGUAAAAGCAACUUCUUCUUAAUGCAUUCUUUUCUUUAAUUUUGAUGAGCCUUUUAGAUUGUCCUUUGUAAAACCGCUUAGGUCUUCUGCUCAAAUAAGUGGUGCAUAACUUUGGUUAAAUAAGAUAAAGCAUCCAAGAUAAACGCAAGAUAGGAGUGAAAUCAAUCCAAGGCCAGUCAAAAACUGAAGUGAGCGAGUCUGGUGGGUCUUCCUUAGGCAAGGAUUUCCGGAAGGAAAGUCCCUCUGCAGAAAAGUCCUUGUUUCUUUCUUCCUGCCUUCACCAAUAAGAGGCUGUCCCUAGGAUCUUGGGAACAUAAGGGAGAAGGUAUUCCUACUGCACAUGCUCUGUUGCACAAAGCUAUGCUGAAAGACUCAAGUGAGUCUUCCUCACUCAUAGGAAGGAGCUGCCUAAGGAAGGCUGAUGCCUGGGAUUUGGAGUGUAGAAAUUUGUUGAAACUAGCUUGUCUCCUUCUGCAGCUUUGCAGAUGGAGCUGGCAAUUUGUGGAUGGUAGACAUGUUGGCAAGAUAGAGAUGAAGCAGGAAAUCCUGGCUGAAUGGGCGUAAUAAAAUUGCAUCACUGUUUCACUAUGGGUGUUCAGGCUGACAGGAUCGUUGAGAUGGGACUGCAGUACUGCUCUGUUCAUCUAGUUAUCAAUCAUCCAUUUUUUAAUUAUAAUUUUAAAAAGAUACCUGGGGCAUAGGAAGCUACCCUCUACUGAGUGAGACCAUAGGUCCAUCAAUAUUGCCUACUGUAUGUUGUGUCUUUCCUCAGGAUUGAACUUGGGACCUAUUCCAUACAAAGCAAGUGCUGAACCACUGAACUAUGUUCCCUUGCUCUAGGAAAAGGAUUGAAGUACUUUAUUUAUAUCACCAGUGUCAGUUGAUUUCAGAAACUUAAAGCAUAAUGGAUUCUGUUAGCCUGCUACUAUAAAAGACCAGUCCUUGAAACUUGAUAAAUGUCUUAUGAUUUGCCACACACACAUAUCCACAAGAUGCCUCAUCCACAAACUAGUUAAACCACAAUAUUUGACUUUGAGGCUGUUCAGAAGGACUAAACCAAAUGAACAAAUAGAGAAGAGGCACUUGCAAUGCAUAGAUUUGUCUGGAAUGCGUGGACUUGUCUGCUCAUCUCUUUGUGUUCACCUUGUGUUUUUAAAUUUUAAAUUUUCUGAUUUAAAUUUUAGGAUAUGAGAAAUUUACGCUUUGCAUUGAAACAAGAAGGUCACAGCAGAAGAGAUAUAUUUGAGGUCCUGACCAAAUGUGCUUUUCCACAGUCAUAUAACUCGGUAAGUUGUUCCUAUACUACAUUUUUAAUUUUUUUUAAUGAAAAGUAGGGGGGGAAAGUAUUUUAGAAAUAAUAGUCUGAGUCUUGCUAUCUGUUCCUAACCACAUGUACUCAGAAGAAAAUCCCACUGAGUUAAAUAGGAUUUAUUUCCAAGUAAGUUUGUCUUAGAAUGCAGUCAUAAUGUUCCAUAAUCUAAUGCAGGGGAAUGUAUUAUUUUAGACACACAUAUAUAUGUGAACUUCGGUAAACUCCUGUGCCAUCUUAAAGGCUGCUGGCUAAUUUGGUGGAGUAGGAAAAGGACCUUGAGAGACCGGAGUUCAAAUCCCAAUUUGGCCGUGAAGCUUGCUAAGUGACCAUGAGCCAGUCACUGUGCAUCAGCCUAAUCUACCUCAGAGUUUUUGGGAGGAUGAAAUGAUCAGGAGGAGUACAAUUUACCUUGAGCUCCUUGGUGGAAAGGAAGGAUGCAAAUAAAAUUCUUGAGACUUUAAUUUUCAUGGACCCUCUUCAUCAGAAGCAUGGAAUAUUAUCCCAAGUUGAGUGAUACAUAUACAUGAAUAAAAUGGGGAAAGCUGGUGAACAGGGACUAAAAGACCCUGAGUUUUGGAAGAUGUUAUCUUGUGAAAUGUAUACAAAAUAAUCACACAGAGGGCCAAUUUUUUUUAGCCUGGUUCACACAUCACACUGAACCCCUAGGUGAAAUGAGCAAUGGUUUAAAGUUGAACAUAGUGUCCUAUGGCACGCUGCUGAAAUUCUUUGCUCUCCAUUCUUGCUGCUGCCAUGCUGCUGGGAAAUGAGGCAUGGCCUGGUGCACUGCGCGCUCCAGACCCUGGCCUGUGGUUCAUUUCCACAUUGCUGCAUCUUGUUUCAAGGCCCUACUUAUAUGAUCAAUAGUUUCAUUCUUAAGAUCUUGAUCAAACAUUGCCAACAUGUGGCACUUUUAAAAUGGAAGGCUGUUGGAAAUUGUACUGUACAGCAUGAUUGCACCUUGGGCACAAUUAACCUGCAUGAUUUCAACCUUGGGCGUGGUUAACCUCCACUAUUUCAACCUUGUGCAGUGGAAAGCCAGCUGAUUGGAAUCCCACAAAUUAAUUGCACACUAGACUUAAAAGCUUAAAAGCUCCUUUUGUGCCAGGCUUGCUUACUGGGAUCUGGGAGCCUUUUGCAGGAACUUGGAUGGCCCUGCGAGAUCUCACGAGAACCUACCAGAGCCCGUGAAAGAGCAUCCCAGAGCCCAGUAAGCAAGGCUUAAGAGAGCUUAAGAGGUAUAUGCGUUUAUGCAUAUAUGUUCCAUCUUCAGAAUGUAACCCUUGUGCACAUAACUGUGUACCCAGUGUGUACCCACACAGAGAUUGCGUACAACUUACAAAUACAUAAGAGAAAAAAUCCCAAACUGAUUUCUCAUUUUCCUUUAUAGUGUAUAAAUGCUUCAUGUAUUAACACUAUCAGCAUGCCAGGUGAUAGCUGAAAAACAUGAUAAGUUGAUUAUCAUCUGAUCACUCCUUAGUUUCUUGGAUGUUGGUGCUUUGCUUUGGGUAAUCAGGAUACCUCUUCAGGUGUUAAUGAGCAGUGCUGUGUGUUGAGCAGCAUAUUCAGGCUUCUUCAGAGACACAAAGCUCAAUAUUCAGCUGUGGAUUGGGCAUUUUGUUAUUACUGUUGUAUAUUGAAUAAAUUUGUUCCCAAAGCAUUUCCUCCUAUUUUGUAUUCUGAAAAACACUUGAGAGCAGCUAAUGAGAAAUAAAUCAACAUCGCAAUAUAAUUCCAGAAGCUAAAAAAAUGCAGGUAGCCCAACAAUGAAAAAUUGGACUGCACUGUUAAUGCAGCAUCUUCGAAAGCCCUCUUAAAAAAAUGCAUUCAGGCUGCCGGCUAGGAGGCAAGUGCAAGAUGGGCCUAGCAAGGGUGUUGCAUAGUGUUUGGGCAGAAAUGGCCAAGGGAUGCAUCUCAAUCUUUAGCCAAGGGGAGGCAGUUCUUGAUGCCGCUUUUUACAUUUACUCUGCAAAUACACCGAGUUGGUUGUUUUCCAGACAGUGUGGCACUGUGCAGCUUUUGCAGAGCACAAUAUGCUGAAGCAAAUGUUCCAAAGAUUACAAUGGAUGUAGUCCCCUCACUUUAAUUUUAUUCAAAAGUUGAAUAUACAGUUGUAUUAAGAAUGCACCAGCCAUUCAAAAUGUGCUAUAUAAUUCUAAUCAGAAUAAUAAAUAAAAUCGCAAGCAUCUCUAAAUUACGACACCAGGGCAAAAUACUCAGUACUUUUUCUUUAUAGUCAGGACUGUUGGUAUUUUCUUUCUACCACCUCCACUCUAGUGGUUUUAAGAGAUUCUGGGUGUUUUAAAUACCCCUGUGUGGAUAGUAUUGUUUCGAGGGCAAAAAUCCUGGCACCCAGCACACUAGCUUUCCCAUCCAUUUGACUGAUAGAGGCUGGAUAAUUUCCCUAGAUAACAGGAGGCUUUCUUCAGGGACAGAUGCAAAGAAUAUUGCUACUGAUUUGCUGUUCUUGCUUGUAAGCAUUUAAUACAAUUUUAAAUCAUUUUUAUGGAGAGCAUUUUGCUUUCCAUCCCACAUGUUCAGAUAGACUAGAAUUUGAGCGAGAAUGUUGCUCAAUGUUUUCUUGUAAGUCCUGUGGUCCUGGAACUAGUCUGUUUCAAAAAUGCUUUUGUGAUUAUCAUCUCCCCCCCCCCCCACCCUUCCCUGGAAUUAAUUUUCUUGCCUUUGUAAAAACAAGAAUAGAGAAGCAGUUUGUGGAUUUUAAUGAUGCCCCGUUUCUUCAGUUCACCUUAUUCUGUCAUAUUUUAGCAGCUCACUUUUCACUAGCUGCAUGAGAUAAUUCUAGUAACAUCUGCCAAGGUUUCCUGUACCUCGUGGGAUGCACUUCAUAUUCAGUUCACCUCACUUUCACCCUUCCUUGCCAAUUCUUAUACAAACCAGAGACCAUUUAAAAGUUGGCCAUAUGGGUGGAGAGGGCUCUUACAUCUGUGACGAGGAUUUAAGACUGAAGUGUAUUCUUGCUCUCCCUUUUCCUUCAGGCACAAAAUCACUGGUAUAUUCGCAGACAUUAGUCCACCUUUGGAGGUGUUUCUAAAUAAAAGAUGCAUACCUAAAAUAUUUGAAUUCCCAGAGUAGGUGUAAUUCAGAUUACUAAUAUUGGCAAGAGCCUAAAUAAACUGAAACUUGAGAUGAAGUGUUUAGAAUUGGCCCCAACAUACUGUAUACCCGCUCCCGCAUGCUUAAUGUUAUGUCUGCACUGUUAUUCCUAACCCAUAAUUUAUAACCAGUUUGAAGUUGAAUAAUAUGGAUACAGAAACAACUAAAUGUGGUCAUAGAUGCAGUUUGCAUUCCCACAUUCCUUUCCUGAACCCAUAAGGCUUAGACGGGGUAAAUCUGCACCUGAAUAUUUGGGUGGAAUUGCUUCAGGAGUCAUUCUGCAAAUGAGCAAUAAGCACCUUUUUUCUCUCAUUGAUGGCAACUAAUCUGUCUUACACAACAAUGAGUGUUAUUGGAUAGUCUUCAGCUUGAAAAGACAUCUCUCUCUGUUUGAUGGAACAGGGAACUGCAUAUAACUAGGUUUUAAAGAUAAAUCCUCUUCUGCAUUUACAUUUCAAAAUGAAAAUGAAAGCAUGUUUUUAAUAGGAGGGAAGCUGCUUGAAUUUCAAGAGUGACUCUGAUAGGAACAUGUGCAAAGCAGUCACUGACUAUUUUAGGGUCGUAAUUGAAGACAGCCUUGUCCCCUUGAAGAUACUUUUGUCUGUUUCAAUUGCGAGGACUAAUAUUUCUUUUCAUUCCUAGCCUUUUUUUGCAUUUGCAAAUGAAGAAAAGUUUUCUGAAAAUGGCUGGCUGGUCUACAAUCCCAUGGUUGAAUACAGGAGACAGGUAAGUCUUUUCUUUUCUUUACCACAGCAUCCGCAGAGCUGUUUUUCUGUGUGACAUUUUGUUUAUACUGUGGGGUUGAAUCAGGUUAAAUGAACAGAAAAAUAGGAUACAGAGAAACUCUUUUUAAGUUACAAAACAUUCGAAGCUGACUCAUGAAAUAGUUUCCGACAGGUGUGAUGUUGAACCAUCUCUGGGGUGUUAUGGGAAGGGUUGUACUGGUGGGGGACAUGUCAUCCUCCUUCUGGGGGUAGUUUGUCCAUCUUUGGUCCCCACUCUGCAUUCAGCUCUCACCUGUGGCUACUGGAAGCUGCCAGUAUGUGACCACACCCUGGGAAAUGUCGUUAACUGGCUGGCUAAACCAGGUGAGAGUAGUUGAUGGGUCUCAAACCCUCAGUGACUUAGGGACUUCCCCUGCAUGUGAAGACAGGCUCCUGCAGAUUGAGUGGACGAGAUCGAUAGUGGGUCCAAUGGUCAAGAACGCAGUUAGUGCACGUGAUGUAGAGGGAAGUGAGGGUCAGGUGGGGCUCAUCAACCUGGGAAGGUAGCCCAUUUAUGGGAAGGAAGACUUUGAUCCUAAACAUCUGCUGCCUUGAGGCUAUACUCCUUUGUGAGAAAGGCUUUGGGAGUAAACCCAAAGGAAAAGUCCUUACCCAGGAGAAGAAAAGACUAAGGAACAAACCCUACACAAAUUCAAAGUGGAGUCUCGAUAACACAGUUGGAUGGCAUCUUGUAUGCCUCCUUCCAGCAAUUCCUGCAGCCAAACUGGUGCCACAUGUAUUGCUCAGCAAGGCCAAGAGGGAGGCCUUAUCAUCUGGCAGCCCAGGACCUCCAUACAAUCUGCCACAGAGAAGUCAGUUUGGUGCUACGAAUGCAGCAGAAACAAUGUAGGAGGCAGCAGUUAAGGAGUUACUCUUCGGCCACAGCAGGUGCUGUGAUUUUCCACCCGUUUGACUUCACCCCCAGAGGUGCACUCCAUUGUCUUUUGAGACGACAACAACAACUGGCAUCCUAUAUUGAAUCCAGAAGAAAAAUAUUUGUUAGUAAAGCAUUUCAGUUCUUAAUGGAAUUCACUGUAUAGGUGUGUAGGUGUUUUUUCCUAGCCUUUGGAUUUUUAAAAAACCUUUAUUUAGACGUUUCUGACAUUACUGAUCUUUACAGAUCAUGCAUCCAGCUUUUUUGCUGCUUUUAUUCCACAUAAUUCAAAACGAUUUGUGCAGUUAGGGCACAAUUUAAGUGGCCUCUUCUGUGCACAUCAUUUCAAAAUACCACACUUCAGUUUAAAAAGAGAAAAUGACAAGAUGAAAAAUAGGUUCAAGUAAGAUGCAUCCAAUUUAACCUCAGAACAAUCCCAAAGCCUCAUUUCAUACUGCAUUGUGAGAAUUACAAACAUAGAUUUAAAAAAGUUGAAUGCAUGUUAAUAUAAAUAAUAACUCUCAUGGAUUUUUUUCCUCUUGUAAUUUUUCUGAUGGAAUAUGGAGUAUUCAGAUUCAAGAAUGCAUCUGUAUGGUCCAAGGUUAGAGAUCCAGAUCUUAAGAAAAGGUGAAAAAAUACUCAAAAGCCCACAUAAAUCCCAGUUUGCAUGCAAGUGCAGAUGGGGAUCUAGUCAUCCUUUCUCAAUAAUAUGGUGGGCUUUGGGGGUCGUCCUCCAACAUCCUGUUAGGUCAGCAGACUCCUUGCAGAAAUUAAUUGUAUAAUUUGAACACAGAAGCUGCCUUCAACUUCAUUGACCCUUAAACACAAGUAAUGGAUAUUUGGGAGUUAUAAUGGUGAAAAGAGGUUGUAGAAGGAAGCUUCCUUUCAGCUGCUUUCCAUUGCCAUUUUUGGUACCGUUUUUGGUUUACAUUUUAAUUACUGAUUUUUCUGUAGGACAACAAAUACCUUCUGACAGAGCAAAUUCCAAGUACUUCUGUUUUUUUGUCAAAUUUCAGAGAAGAAAAGGGUUCUAAGGUUCCUCACUGUUUUUAUAAUUUUUAAGAUAUAGAGAACACCCUAUCAGCGGCAUCUGCUCACAUGUGAGCCUUUAUCUUCUUCACAUCUCCUGUUCUGAUGUUUAGAGCUAUCCAUGGUAAAUUGGUAGGUGGUUGCCACCCUGUGGCCAUAAUAGCACACCAGUUAUGUUCCUUGACGCAUGCUUUUAAGCAGAUACAAGAAGGUGACACAUAAAUAUUAUCUCUUUUCUCUUUAAGCGUCUGCCCAAUGAACAGUGGAGGAUAACGUUUCUCAAUGAGCAUUAUGCACUUUGUGACACUUACCCAUCCCUCUUGGUAGUGCCAUAUAAUGCCACAGAUGAGGAUCUCAAGAAGGUUUCUGCUUUCAGGUCCCGAGGUAGAAUUCCUGUAAGUGAUUUCAUCUAUCAAUUGUUUUUUGAAGUUGAGAACUGCUGAGCAAAUGAGCAUUUGAAAACAGAAACCUGUUUGUGUAUUUCAAAGCAGGAAGAGAGCUAUUAUAAAAUGCCUCUAAGUUGCUAACUAUUCUUGUCCGCUUGUGAUCUUACAUUUAAAUAACCUCAGCAUUUUCUAAAGCGAGAGUGUUGUAUAAUUGACUAAAUAACGUAAUUGUAAAGGUGAAUGAUACCUUAAAAGUUGUUAUCUAGUCUUGAGCAAAAUUAAAGGCCUCAGUUUGAAAAAGAAAAAAAAGGUAAAUUAAUUAAUUUUCUUGUGAACUUCAGUCGAGCUCUUGUCAAUAUUUGGAACACUCCUGUUAUCUUCCUUGUAUGAGUGAAGGCUUCUAGCUUUGAACUGGUUGUUGGUGAAUGUGUUUUCAGAACUAUUAACUUCCCAUCCUCGACUGCGGUGCCCUUUCAAAAGUUACCUUAUCAUCUUAGCAUGCACUUCCCUUCUUCAGGAAGGACUUCCAUGAUUGGCUUCACCCAUAUACCUGCAGGCCUUUAAAUGUCACAUGAGUGUCGUGAGAUGAAUCCACAGAAAUAUGCUUUCUGUGGUGCUCAUGUAAUAUUGAAAAGGGUGUCUAACAUUAAUUCCAGACUUGCUUCGAGAAUUGAACUUCAGCAGAUGCAAAGUACAUUUUCUUCCGAUUUUUCUGCAAUUGGGCUCCAACUGUAUUUCUGUGCCACAGGUGUUGUCAUGGAUCCAUCCUGAGAACCAAGCCGUUAUCACACGCUCUAGCCAGCCACUUGUUGGUAUGAGUGGCAAAAGAAACAAAGAUGAUGAAAGGUAUCUGGAGCUCAUCAGGGAAACAAAUGGCCAGCUCUCCAAACUGACUAUUUAUGAUGCAAGACCCAGUGUUAAUGCUGUAGCCAAUAAGGUAAGUGAAUGUCUUCGUAGCACCACUAUAACAGUAGCUAAAGAGCUUUUUAUUUGCAAUGUAUUUUGUAGAUAUUAGAAAUAGCUGCUACUUCAGAAUACUCUCUGGAUUUGUCAUUUGUAAAUGGCAUCAUAUUCUGCACAGUCAGCUUUGGUAGUUGACCAGAACGUUAUCAUUUUGUGUCAGCCGCAGAAUCUGCUUCAAGUAAGCCUUUGUGGUAGGAGUUCAAGUUCCUCCUAACAAGAUUUAAACUUGGCAAGCGGGGGAUGGGCAUGGCAUCUCCAGAUCUGGUUUAUUUUAAACCAUUCUGCCCUGCUUCUGUUAACUGUAAACCCUGUGCGACUUAAAAAUAACUGAAAAAUAUAUGGGCAAUGAAAUGCAACCAGCAGGAAUGCUAAAAUUCCAAUAAACCCAGCAGGAAACCACAAAUAAAAAAAUAGCUAGUUUAAUCCACUUUGCCCAAAUGCUUUGAUUGAAAAGGGAGUACCAAAGGUGAGCAGGUUAGGACUCCCUAAUGGGUAAGAAUUGGAGUAGUGCCUUGCCAGCAGAUCUGAAUGGGUGGGUAGGUUCAUAGAGGAAAUGAUAAGCAUACAAAUGCAUUCUCUUGGUUUUGUGUGUCUGCUUUCUUCAUGUGCAACUUUUAUGAUAUCCAGGACUGCGUCUGGCAGCUCUUUCCUUAGUCUAAGAAGAACAGUGUUUCUGACCUUUUAAACUUUGGAAACAGUGGGGGAAUUGUCAUUGCUUUAAAUGGAGAAAAAUGCAAAAUUUGGAAAUUGUUUAUGAUAAGUCUAGUGGUUGCAUUCCUUCCCUCCUGCACUCUGGCUAUUCUCUUUGCUUUGUUAUUUCUUGACCCACACCCCAGGAUUACUCAGCCCCUCCCACAGCUAAAUUUAACUGUCUCCUUUUGCUCCAGACAGACAGGGCCUAGAUAGGCUUCUGCAGCCUAACAUACUACAUAGCGUUGAUUAAAAAAAAGAAGCACUUGCUUUUCCUUAGUUAAAAGAACUUGGCUAAACUUUGCUCUGCUUUGGGAAAUGUGAUGACAGCAAAUGCCUUGGAAAGUCUGUUCAGAAUUUCCAUAACUCCUCAGGGGUGUGUACUUUUCGUCUCUUUACUAGCCCUUGCCAUGGAGCAGAUUUAGCAACUAAAUUACGAAGACUGUUUUCUUUGUAGUGCCAUUUGCUUAUUUUUAAGUUGUGCUUGGCCAAAAAAAAAAAAAAGUUAUUAGGAUGCCAAAGCUUGAACUGGAAAGAUUUUAUUAGAAGAAAGGAGGCUUUAAAAUGGAAUUAGAAGGCCCUGGGGCUGUGAUUAAAGCAAUACUAAUUGGUCAAAUGCUUAUGGUGCUGGAAACUAGCAAAUUUGGACUGUGUUACAUAAUACCCACUUAGAUGUUUGAUGUUAAACAUACUAUUCUUGUGAUAGAAAGAAAUGCCUUUUGAACCAUGUCCACUUACAUAAACCCUUAGUAGUUCCUUCUUGCUCUGUGUACUGAUACUAUCUAUUUGGUAAAUAGAUACUGCUGCUUAGUGGAAAGCUUUGAAAUAUAUUAUAAACUGUCUAAACUCAAAUUUACUUUCUUUUUGGUGAGAAUAUGGUAUGAUGUAACCACUCUUUAUUUUUUAAGUUGCCAAUUGUGUUUUCCUUGGGGGGGAAAUAUUGUAGUAAUUGUGCAAUGGAGGCUAAACACACACACUUCCUUUUUUUGACUCUCAGGCAACUGGAGGAGGUUAUGAAAGUGAUGAUGCAUAUGCCAAUGCUGAGCUGGUUUUCCUAGAUAUUCAUAAUAUUCAUGUCAUGCGGGAAUCCUUGAAAAAGCUUAAGGACAUUGUUUACCCUCAUGUAGAGGAAUCUCACUGGCUAUCUAGCCUGGAGUCGACCCACUGGCUUGAACAUAUCAAGGUAUGGAUAAAAAGAGCACUUGACUCAUUGUCAUGGACUGGCUGGAUGCAGAGAAGUGGUGGGGGGCACCAGCUGGGGAACUCCCAAGGGAAUGGUGGUGGGAUGACAAUGUGUGGUAAGAGGGAGCAGACUGGGAGGAGGAAGUUACGGAAGCUGAAGAGGCAACAGGGUUUGGUGAGCAGGAAGAGGCUGGCGAAGAGAGUGGUUCAGACUCAGAGGAGGGAGAGGAGGGGGGGCCAGGUGGCAGAGUGGAAGCAGGCAGCUGAAGAAGCCAAGGAGCCUCCCCCUCCUGCUGUGACCAGCUUCUCUCCCCCCUGGACUCCCAGAACACAGAGAGAAAUGAAGAAGGUGGUGCAAUGAGAGACCAGGCAAAGGAGCCUUAGGCUGCUGGGGAAAGAGGAAGCUUAGAGAGCAGUCGGAAGGCCUUCGGUCUUUGCAAGUGCCUCAUUGGGGCAAGACCUACUGGGAAAUGUUGCUGUGAUCACUAGCCCUGCACUGUUUUGGUUACUUUGAAUAAUGGAUUAGCUUCACUGACACUGGGUGCUUUUUUAUUUUUAUUGCUGACCUAUGCCUGACACUUGUGCACUUAUGCAGCACAGGAUUGUGCUCUCAGUUUUUUAAUUAGAACUUUAGUGUUACCUCAACUGUAUUUUUGUUCCUUUCGCCAGCUUGUUUUAACAGGUGCUAUUCAAGUAGCAGACAGAGUCUCCUCUGGAAAGAGUUCGGUUUUGGUACACUGCAGUGAUGGUUGGGACCGUACAGCACAACUCACCUCUCUAGCUAUGUUGAUGUUGGACAGCUAUUACCGGACGAUUGUGGGCUUUCAAGUUUUGGUGCAGAAAGAAUGGAUAAGCUUUGGACACAAGUUUGCUUCGGUGAGAACAAAUAAGAACCAAGCUGAAGGGUCAAUGUGAUAAGCCACUAUCUGUCAGUCACAAGUUUCCCUGUCUGUAAUAUGUGGGUGGCUAGUCAAACAGGAUUAUUGUAUGGGUUUUUGAGUGAGUGCAUUUGAAGCACUUUGAACAUUAAAAAAUGCUAAGCAUUGUUGAGUUUGGUGCUCACACAGAACACCAAGCCAAAACAUGAGUUUGGUGUGAAACACUGUCAAUCUCAGGAGGUGGCAGGGAGAACAGAAAUAAUCUGUGGGAUUUCGGGUUUCAUGUAUGUAUGCCGCAAUCAUAUGAGCCCCCAUAUGAGCACAUAUGGGGUGUAAGUGCAACCACACGUAUCUCUUGGACAAGUGGACCUUCAAAUUUUGUCCAAGCUGUGGUGUAACAUUUGUCUUAGAGACUGAAAUAACGAACUAGGAAAUUUCCAGUUCAAAUAUCUCCUCUGCCAUGAGCUCUGUGUAUGUCCUUAGGCAAGUGCCACUUCCCCCUCACACGCCCCCCCACGCAAUCUAUAACAGUCUCUCAGAGACUGUCUUAGAGGUAUUCAGACAGUCUUAAGCACCCCCACUGACCAUCUGUAAUAUGUGGGUAAUACCAAUCUACCUCAUGGGGUGCAUUUAAGCUUUGUUGAGAUAUAUGUAAUGUGAGUGUUUAUUUUUCUGAUGCACAGUAAGGCAAUUUUGGGUGCCAGUUUUGGUGUGUAAUUUUAAGGCAUUAUGCUUUAUGCUCUUUUGCUUUUGCUAUGGCUCUUUAAUCAUGAGUACUGUUCAGCAGCCUAUACUUAAAUGUGUUUUGCAGACUGCCUGACACUUGAUUGGAUAUACUAAACUUGCUUUGACACUUGGAAGAAUCAGUUCAGUUGCAGUCAGCCUAUAUCCUAUGCGUCUUCUUCCAGGAACAUUUUGAUAGUGACAUUUUUAUACAUGUGUUUGAAGUAGUGCUUCUCUGUGUGCAAUAUGGCCCAGAAAGACAUUAGUUCAUCACUUCUUAAAUUUUAAGACUCUUGCGUGAAGCUUUAAAGUACAAAAACAAUAAAAUCCAUUAUAAAUUAGUAAUGAGAUUAAAACCAUAUUUGGAAGAGUAAAACAGUUUCACUAGCAUUGUUGGUUUAACACUGAUCUAAAGCAUAGUGUUUUGUGUCAAGCAGUCAUGUGCACAAACUUAAUUUACCUGUGUUCAUUUACCAUUAGGCCUUUACAGCAAACUUGGGCUGUCAUACCUGUGUAUGUGAGCAGAUUUUCCCAGACCAAAGAGACAUGGCUUCUAAAUCUUUGCCCUAAGCAAAACCACAUUGUUGUAUAGGAGCAUAACUGAAAAUUUGGCAGCUAACUGCUGCUUCAACAAUAAAUUAAUGUGUCCUUUGAAAACGGCUCCAAGUCCAUUUUAAAAGCCUUUGUUUGUGCCAUCUAGUUUCAAGUUAUUUGGCAAAUGGGGCCACCUUUGAAUAAAUGAGCUGUCACUUUAGCAGUGUGUGUUGUUCAACAUUUGGAAAGUGAAAAAUGAUUGGGGGGGUUGUAACAUGGGGGUGGUCCUGCAAGAAUUGUAGAUGAUAGACUUAUUGUGGUUCAUAUUAAUGCUCCCCUUAUUAUUCAUAAUGUGGAAAUGGGUAAUGCUUGUGAAAUGCAUAUUCUUAAACAGAAUAGGUUCACAGUUUUCUGUAUAAAAAUACUUGGGGUGCUAAACUGAGAGAAAAAGCUCCAAAUUGGGGACAUAAUCCCGCUAAGCUUAAGCUUGUGCUUUAACUACCUCUUGAAAUCACUAUAACUUAAAAGCCCAUUGGUCUUUUAACUGUGGUAAUUCAAGGACACAAGCCAGCCAAAGUGUUCUGAGCCACAGGACCAAAGGAGGGCUCGUGGGGGUGGUUGGAUGCAGGGGUGCCAAAGAAAGGGUGCCACCUUUGGCUCAACACACAAAGCAGUGCAACUAUAAAAUCUCAUUGAGGUUUUAUAAAGAAUGAACUUCAUCCUGGACCAUUAAUUCUCAUUUAAAUUCACUGAAGAAUAGUCAACAUUGAGUCAAUCCUACAUUUGCCACCUGCCAUCUUUCUGUCUCUCUGGAAAGAACCCAAUUAAUGGAGAUUCCUAUUAAUGGAGAUUCCCAAGACAGAGUGAACUGACUCAAGUGAGGUUUGUGUGAUUCUCAUUUCAGAGAAUUGGUCAUGGAGACAAAAAUCAUGCUGAUGCUGAUAGGUCACCUAUUUUCCUCCAGUUCAUUGACUGUGUGUGGCAGAUCUGUAAACAAGUAAGUUGUGUUGCCUAAGGCUAAUGUAACGAAUGCAAUCCUGUCUGGUUAUACCUAGUAAAUUGACUGGAAGUUGUUCUCUAAGAUGACCUUUGUGAGGUCAUCCAGAGACUUUGUCUGUGGCAUCACCAGUAUGACAAUGAACCCAGCUCUCUCUUGUUUCCUCUGACUAAUUUUGGAGAUGCAAUGGAAGUUCUGACUCAUUUCGGGGGCGGUGGGAUCUAUGAAGGUGAACAAACUGAAUUUGUGGAAGGUAAAAUUUCAUUGAUUAGGGGUUUUGAUGACUUUGAAGUAACUGUUCAGCAUGUUUUGCAACGGGAUGCUCUUGAAUCCAUCUCUGCUUAUGCAUGUUCAGAUGUAGGAAUGGCUAAGGGUAUAUUUUAUCAGCCGCAUCUGGUUUUCCAACUAUCUGCUUUCUUGGGGAGUGUCAAACCUGGCAAUAGUCUUUCAUACUCCAUUCAACUCUUUUGUAGUGCACUUUAUGUGGGGCUUCCUUUGAAGACCACCCAGAAACUUCAGUUAGUCAAGAUGCAGCAAUCAUAGUUUGUUCCGGAGUUAGCAGGAUGGAACAUAUUCUGCCAAUGUUAUACCACUUUCACUGGCCAACAAUUUGCUUUCAGGGAGCUGGUUUUGGCUUUUACAUCCCUGGUCUUAGGUUGCCUGGAGUCUUGUGUUUUGUGCUUCUCUUUAAAACAGCAUUUUUGUAGGGAGGAAUUCAGUGACACACUAAGGCGGUUGUUCUCUCAGGGCAAGCAUUUUUUGGCUUGCCAGAUGAACAACCCCACCCCCUGCCACUCCUUGCUCUGUGUGCUUCUCUGGGGGUUCCCCAUACCCUCUUGAGCCAAUGGGGGGUGGGGGGAGAGAAGCCCUGUAGAACAAACAGCUUGUGUAGGCCUACUGUUGUUGGGACCCAUUAGUUAAAUCCCGCCUUCAGUAUUAUACAAGCUAUUGUAAGCUGUGUUAUAUCUGCAUUGCAGAGUAAGGUGGGUUAUAAUUUUUGUAAAUUAAUUUCAAAGUAGUGCAUGAAAAAUAUGUUGAAAAGGGGGAUAAAUGGCAAAUAAAUAAAUUUGACUUGUUACUGUUGCCAUAUGAAACAGACACCUCUGUUAUUCAAAAAGAUAAAAGAUAACUUGCUCUUGAUUUCUCUUCCUCUUGUGUCUAGUUCCCUACAGCUUUUGAAUUCAAUGACCAAUUUUUGAUUACAAUUCUGGAUCAUUUGUACUCCUGCCGUUUUGGUACUUUCUUGUAUAACUGCGACUCUGUAAGAGAGAAAGAGGUAAGUUAGUGCUCAGGUGAUUUUGGACUGAGUUUGGAAAGGAUGUAAGACUUUGUGUAUGUUUGUAUUAUGCUUCAUGUUAUAUGCACCAUUUCAUGUUACUUGGGGUCUGUUAUUCCAGUCAUAUCUUACAACAUCUCUAGGUCCAUAAAAAUCAAUCUGAACUCAGAGUUCGCAAUAGUGAUCAUGUAAGAUGAAAGCUGCAUGCCUUUAAUAACUUUAUUUAUAAUUAAGCUCUUUGCAUAGUUAUAUUUGGUUGCAGCAAUGAAUGGCUAAAAUGAAGUUGGUGACAGAAGAAUACUAGCAUUAAAACAUAUUCAUCGUUUACAUGCAGUUAGAAAAUGAAGAGGUUGCCACUUUGAAGGGCCACUUUUGAAGAUGCUUUUUAGCAAAGACACUGUAUAUCUAUCGCCUGUGUGAUUCUAUGAGAUAACAGCUGUGUGAAAUGUAAAAGCUGCAUCACAUUCUUCUACAGCAUGCCAAGUGGUUUAAAUUAAUGCUGACACUUUCGUUUUCUUUGCAGAAACUGAGCGAAAAAACGUUAUCUCUGUGGUCCCUGAUCAACAGUGCAAAAUCAAAGUAUAUCAAUCCCUUUUAUGCUAAAGAAUUAAAUCGUGUUCUUUAUCCAGUAGCAAGCAUGAGGCACUUGGAACUUUGGGUCAAUUAUUAUAUUAGGUGGAACCCAAGAAUCAGGCAUCAAGUAAGUUUAUUAUGAUUAUGAUUAUUUUAACGUAUUGGACAGCUGCUGAAGUAUUUGUAGCACUUUAUAGAUUUGUAACCUGUUUUCUCUCUCACUCCCCUUCAAAGCUGCAUGAAAAUAGGGAGCUACCUCAUGCCACAUCAGGCCACCAGUCUGUCUUGCUAACCGUUCUGUAUCCUGCUUCUCUUCAAUCUGGUGCCUGCCAUAUGUAUUUUUUUACUGCAACCUCCAUCAUCCCUUACUAUAGACCAUGCUGGCUGGGGAUGUGAGCUGUGGUUAGUAUAUCUGGAGGGUACCAGGUUGGGAAAGACUGCACUGUUCCCAGGCUCCUAGUUCAGCUGGCUGAGAUCCUUUUCAGUGGCAAUGCUAGGGAUCAAAAUCUCCCUCUUCGGAUGUCACAUCUGUAGCUAUAAUAAUGAUGAUGGUGGUGGUGAUGAUGAUGAUUUAUUAUUUAUAUCCCGCCCAUCUGGCUGGGUUUCCCCAGCUACUCUGGGCAGCUCCCAAUCAAAUAUUAAAAACACAAUACAGCAUUAAACAUUAAAAACUUCCCUAGACAGGGCUGCUUGCAGAUGUCUUUUAAAAGUAGGAUAGUGGCUUAUUUCCUCUGAUGGAAGGGCAUUCCACAGGGCGGGUGCCACUACUGAGAAGGCCCUCUGCCUGGUUCCCUGUAACCUCGCUUCUCACAGUGAGGGAACCACCAGAAGGCCCUCGGAGCUGGACCUCAGUGUCCGGGCUGAAUGACAGGGGUGGAGACGCUCCUUCAGGUAUACAGGACCGAGACCUUUAAAGGUCAGCACCAACACUUUGAAUUGUGCUCAGAAAUGUAUUGGGAGCCAAUGCAGGUUUCUCAGGACCGGUGUUAUAUGGUCCCAGCGCCCACUCCCAGUCACCAGUCUAGCUGCCGCAUUCUGGAUUAGUUGUAGUCUCCGGGUCACAUUCAAAGGUAGCCCCACGUAGAGCACAUUGCAAUAGUCUAAGCAGGAGAUAACUAGAGCAUGCACUACCCUGGCAAGACAGUCUGUGGGCAGGUAGGGUCUCAGCCUGCGUACCGGAUGGGGCUGGUGGACAGCUGCCCUGGACACAGAAUUGACCUGCGCCUCCAUGGACAGCUGUGAAUCCAAAAUGACUCCCAGGCUGCGCACCUGGUCCUUCAGGGGCACAGUUACCCAUUCAGGACCAGGGAGUCCUCUACACCCGCCCACCCCCUGUCCCCCAAAAACAAUACUUCUGUCUUGUCAGGAUUCAACCUCAAUCCAUUAGCUGCCAUCCAUCCUCCAACCACAUCCAGGCACUCACACAGGACCUUCACCGCCUUCACUGGUUCUGAUUUGAAAGAGAGGUAGAGCUGGGUGUCAUCUUCGUACUGAUGGACACCCAGCCCAAACCCCCUGAUUAUCUCUCCCAGUGGCUUCAUAUAGAUAUUAAAAAGCAUGGGAUCUCUGAGGCACCCUACAAGUGAGAGCCCAGGGGUCUGAACACUCAUACCCCCCCUUUUCUGUAACAGAAUUGGUAAUAGAUUGGAAUUGAUCCCAUAUAACAUGACUAGACAGGACUCCAGCACUCUCCUGCUCCCCUGCUCCCACGGUGGAGUCUACCUUCUUCCGAAUCUGAGCGACUUUAUCUGCAAAAAAACUUUGCAAAAAAACUUUCAGGAGAUCUUAGGGUCCCUACCAGGCCCCAGUGAUGAAGGUGGUUCCGAUAGAUUGUGAACCACCUGAAAGAGUCUCCUGCUGCUGUUUUGUGCAAAUGCAAUAGAGGCGGUGAAGAAGGUACUCUUCACUGUUGGUAGGUUCAGUGUUGAGCUCUAACCUGUGUCUGGUCCAAUUCAGAAUGAGUUUUCCGCCAUUGGCGCUCUAGCCGUCUCGACGAUUGUUUCAUCGCCCUCAGCUCCGGGGAAAACCAUGGGGCUGUCCGGGCUCCAUGUAAACUAGGUGUCUCCAGGAGAACAUCUGCCACGACCUGAAGCAGCUUGGGCAGGGAAUCCUUGGUGCAGCAGGGAGGUCAGUACACCAAAAGGAAUCCUGUACUGCCCCUAUUGCCCAACUUCCAGAACAUGCACUCAGAAAACUGGGUCUUCCCAAUAGGACGCCUGGUGCAAACUAAUGACUUCCUAAAAAUCACUGCAACCCCGCCCCCCGCCCACAUGACCUGGGUUGCUGUGCGUAAGAGAAACCUGGUGGACAAGCAGCGGCAAAGACAGGCCCAUCUGCUUCAUCCAACAAAGUCUCUGUCAUACAUGCCAGGUCAAGUCCUCCAUCCACAACCAGGUCAUGAAUGGUAGUGGUCUUAUGAAUCAUUGACCUGGCAUUUCCCAGCAACACUUUCAGGUCAUGUGGGUUUCCCUUGCUGAUUCCAGUAUCCUUCCGGUCAGGACCCAGACCCGGAAGCAGGUUUAGUUCUUAAGCAACGACUAAGCCUGCCUCUUUGGUAAUGACACAUCUGCAUACACUAAUGGCUGUUGCACCUCAAAAAGGACCCUUGUAGAGCUGGAAAAGUUGCAGAAAAUGAUUACAUAUUAAAGUAUCACCCAUACAGGAAGUCACUGGCGGGAUCUGAAAUAAAAGCAGCAAAUUAAUGAAAGAAUUAACAAUACUGGAGUUUAGAUAGUAAAGUUGUAUGUUGUAAAACAGGUAAUGAAAUGGAGUAGAAACCAAACACAUGAGGAAAGGGGGGUGGGAUGUCAAAAAGAAACUUUCAAGGUUUAAAAAUGUAUAAUGUUCUGGGAGAUUUUGGGAGAUUUAAUAAAAAUGAUUUGGAAAAAAAAAGAAAGGAAAGGUGCAGAAAAGAGCAAUCCAAAUGGUCAAGUGGCUGGAGGAACUCUUGUUAUAGGCUACAACAUUUGUAGCUCUUUAGGGGGGGGGGGAGAAACAUGAAUAAGGAGGGAUAUGAUGAGUAUAAAAAGGUGCAUGGUGUUGCGAAAGUGAGGAAGGCUAUGCUUACUAGAAGCUGGGAAUUAUCCAAGGAAGCUGAAUGAUGGGAGAUUGAGGGACAGACAAGAUAAAGUACUUCUCCACAGAAUAUACAGUUAGACUGUGGAAUUCCCUCCCACAAGAUGCAGUGAAGGCUGUCAGCCUGUCAAAGAUUCAGGGAGAAUGUGGCUGCUAGUGGCUAUUAGCCAUGAGGGCUAUAUUAAAUCCAGUAUCUGAGGCAGCGUGCCUCUGAAACUCAGUUGCUGGCGAUCGCAAGCAGAAGUGUGCUGUUGCAUUCAUAUCUUGCUUGUUGGGCUUCUUGUAGUUUGUGGGUUGACCGCUAUGAGAACGUAGAUCGGCCCUGGUCUGAUUUAGCAGGACUUAUAUUCUCUGCUUCCCUGUUUUGGGGUAAUACUGGAAGCCAGCCAUAAGAACAUUUAUUGGGAAGUACGUGCCAUGGGAAUGUGCUUGGGGUUGGGGAAUUAGAAAGCUAUAAUGAAAGGUGAGUAAUCCCCUUUUCUGCCUCAGUAUUGAACCCCUUCUGGCUGCUCUUCAAGCAUUCCGUAUUUCUCUUCCUGGUUAACUACUGUGUAAAAGUCGAUCUACUGAGGAGAAAAAGAUGGGAUACACUUGAUACUUCUUAGCCUCAAUAUUUGGUACAACAGCUGGGAGCAAAGAGAGAAGAGAGCUUCUGUGUUUAACAAGCAGUCUUUAUCAGCAAUCCACUGGAAAGCAGCAGCAGCCUCAAGGCAGCGCUUUUCUGUACUGUAUCCCCAGUUGUGUUUACAGCAUGCUGGGGGCUGGAAGAAAGCCAGGCAAUGCUCUGUAUGCCAUUCAGAGUUGCAGACACUAUAAAUCCAGUGUGCCUGCUUUGAAGGUCUUUGCAUGGAUAGAAAAGAAAUGCAUUCUAGAACAUAAAAACACACCUGUAAAUUAGUUUACUGGGAGAGAGAUAUGUAAAGUUGUUUCCUUUUAGCCACAUACAUAACCAUAGCACUCGGAAUGGGGACAUUUAAAUAUUUUAGGGCAGGUGGUGCAGCCCAGUUCACUGGAAUGACUGCCCAACCUCCGCAAAUGGCGUUAACGGUGAAGGUGUGCUGUAUAUUUGGUCUCGUUUGUGCUCUUCCUUGGCUUGAUAGCAAGCAGAUAAUGGGUUUGGGGAGGCAGAUCAAUGCUGGACUUAGGCUCUGCUUUAAGAGAUUUGUUAUUGAAAGGGCCUAGGAAAGCAAAGUGCUUGGAGAAAUUUAAUGUAUUGCCAUUAUUUGUAUUAAGAGUGUGUGAGUGAGUGAGUGUGUGUGUGUGUGUGUGUGUGUGUGUGUGUGUGUGUGUAAAUGCCACCCUGAAGAAAGACCUCAUUGAAAGGUGGAAUUCUGGUGUCAUUCUCAACUACGAUCAAUCUAACCUGCUCCAAGGCUUAUGCAGAUCACCUUCCCCUCUCCUCCUGCAGGGCUAGGACUAGGAAGCCUGGAAAUUUUUGCUUCUGCUCCUAGUCAACUACAGUUUGUCAUCUCAUCCAUACUAACAAACUGUGGUUAAUUCAUUAUAGUUGAUUUAAAACAAGUCUUGCUUUCGGAACCAUAGAGAACUAACUACAGGCUGUUAUAAGAGGAGGGAAGAGAACAAAUGAGGCGGCAUCUUCCCAUCCCCUGUUGCCUGGCAGCAACAAUUACAACAGGCUGCAGCGGAGGAAGGAAGUGGGAAUACUCUGCUGGCACAGCUGAGAGAUGGGCAGUGUUUGGCAACUUUUCUUGAACUUGUCCACCCGAGCCAGUCAUUGCAACAUUAGAAUAACUUGUUCCUCAGUUUACUUAUCUCCUCUCCCCGCCGCCCCAUCUAUUUUCCCUUUGUGUCUUGUCUUUUUAGAUUGUAAGCCUCGGGGCACGUACUGUCUUUUUAAAAAACUGAUGUUGGAACCUUUACUGGUGAAAAACAAGAUAAAUAGUUGAUGUUAACCAUAGCUCUGAGUGGGUGGCGCAGCAAGCUACUCUUAACAAAAAGCAGAAGUUUUUGAAUUCUUCCUUGAGCCCAUUUGGGAGGGAAAUGCAUGAACCUGCUAAAUCUUGCUAAAGCAUAAUAUCUGAAUGCAGCCAGUCAUCUCUACACAUAUGGACUUGAAAAUGGAGGUCUUGGAUCUGAUUUAGCUAUCAAAUCUUGGAUUAUUCUGUAUCUUCAGCGAAGUCCAAAUAACAUAUUUUAAAAUCUUUCAACUGUGUCUAGCAGCCAAAUCCAGUGGAACAGCGUUACAUGGAGCUACUGGCAUUGCGCGAUGACUACGUGAGACGACUAGAAGAACUGCAAAUUGCGAACAACUCCAGAUUUCCCAAUUCCUCCUCAUCUUCUUCACAGAUGAUGUCGCACGUGCAAACUCACUUUUGA